ACUUGUUCUCAAGUUCUUGGACAUCCCAGGCGUCACCCUCCCUUCCGGAAUAAUUUAUGCUAAUGUAUUCUGCACCCUGUUUCUUGGCAGCUGCUCGUCCCGACAGCCAGCGCCUUCCUCCAAGCGGGAGUCCCCUUCAGAAGCUUCUCAGGACCCCAGAAGUGGGGAAGGAAAACCAACAUUUAUUUGAAAAAAAACAAACCCUCCCAAACAACCAAAAGGGAUUUUCCAUCUGAAACUGGCAUUCGUGUCUCCCUUACUCCUCCCUUGCCUGCUCACUGUGUGCUGGCUUACAGCCUCUCUCCACCGCAUUUAGGAGAAGAAAGUGACGUCUUCUCUUCGAAAGGCAGAAGAAGAAACACAGCGAUUCACACAUAGGAGUAUAUAUUUCUGAUCCGGAGUCCUUAUAUCCAGCGGCAAAGUGCAUGCGGUGCUUUUACACCUAAAGCUCGGGUGAUCAGCAAGUUUACAGCUGGAAGAAUAUCCCCCAGAAGAUCUCUUGACUGAGGUCCUUUUGCUUGGGAUCUCCUCAAAGUUCUGGACCAGCCCACCAAAGUCUGAUAUAGUAGAACUACAGACGCCACCCCUAGAAUCUCGGUUUCAUCUCAGCUCCCUGGAAGAUUAGAGACCCAUUAGCUCACUGGAUUCUCUUUGGGUGCUGGAUUCCAACAGCCUUUUGGUCAGGUUUGGGGCCCUUGCCUACUUCUGUCAGUCCUGAUCUCAUUCUUGAAAGGUCUGCAGGCUGUCUGUCAAGACUUCGACCUCCAACCAAAGUCCCCUCCUCUUCCUCCGCACCUCCAGCUUCUUCGAUUUACAGUCCACUUCCAAGGGACCGGGCUCUGCGCCAUUCUCACUGGGCUGCCAAGAUGUUCAGCUGGAUGAAGAAGAACGAGAAGAAGAACCCCGAAGUGAUCCGUACGGUCACCGAGGGCCUGAAGGACCUCUACAAGAGGAAGCUGCUGCCGGUGGAAGAGUACUACCGCUUCCACGACUUCCAUUCCCCGUCCCUGGAAGAUGCCGACUUUGACAAUAAGCCCAUGGUCCUGGUGGUGGGACAGUACUCUACCGGCAAGACCACCUUCAUCAAAUACCUGCUGGAGCAGGACAUCCCCGGGAGCCGCAUUGGGCCCGAGCCCACCACCGACUCUUUCAUUGCCGUCAUGCACGGUGAAACGGAGGGCAUCAUUCCGGGCAAUGCUCUCAUCGUGGACCCCAAAAAGCCCUUCCGGAAACUUAACCCUUUUGGGAACACCUUUCUCAACCGGUAAGUGCCCCCAAACUGCCACCUCCCCAUAUUUUCUGGCCUUUGAGUGCAUUCUUUGUCAAGGCUAAGCUCAGAGAGGUGUGUUUGUGUUGUAUGGCUGUGUGGUGUAGUGGUUAAGAGUGGUAGUCUUGUAAUCUGGGGAACCGGGUUUGCUUCCCUGCUCCUCCACAUUCAGCUGCUGGGUGACUUUGGGCUAGUCACACUUCUUUGAAGCCUCUCAGCCUCACUCAUCUCACAGAGUGUUUGUUGUGGGGGAGGAAGAGAAAGGAGAAUGUUAGCCGCUUUGAGACUCCUUCGGGUAGUGAUAAAGCAGGAUAUCAAAUCCAAACUCCUCCUCCUUCCUCUUCACCCCUUUCAGUCUCAGGACCCAACUUUAUUAACUUGAACAUGCAACAUGACACUGGAUUACAUUAUUAUUAUUUACCAUAUAUGACCAUUUUCCCUCUCGGUGUUGAUCUGAUGCAACACCUCUCUCUUAUUUACAUUUAUACGCCCCACUUUUUCUCCAGCGAGCUCAAGAUGGCAUACAUGGUUCAAGUGGGGGUGGAAAUAAGAAACAGAAAAGCUGAAUUUGACUGUCUUAAAUUCAGUUCUCCACAUUCCCCCAGGAAUUUGCUGGUUUUAAUUCUAAAAGUAUCACCUAGAAGGUUUGUCAGCGUUUUAGUGCAAAUUUCUCCUAACGUACGCAACUUCCCCCUUAAAAUGAUGCAUUUUUGUAAAGUUCGUUCGUGUGCAUUUUUAUGUACCCUUUCAUGUGCACUGUUUGGCUAGAGAAGCAAAUCACAGAUUUCAAGGGAUAACUGCGCUUCAGCUAGCUUAUCGGUUCAAAAAAUGCUUCUCUUGUUGAAAUGCAAACAAAAGUUUGAUUUCUCCCCAGCCCUAGAAGGGGCUGCCUUCCUUUGCAUCAGCUUAUACCUGUCUUUCUCCUUCUCUUUAAAAAAUGCAGGAUGACAAAAAGAAAAUGUUGAGUGUACCACAUAGUGUGCAACUCAACCUCAGAUCAGCACAUGGCCCACUUGCAAUUCCCCCAUGGGCAACCAGUGGCCUAGAGCAGUGUUUCCCAGAUUUGGGUCUCCAUGUGUUUUUGGACUACAACACCCAUCAUCCCUAGCGAGCAGGACCAGUGGUGAGGGAUGAUGGGAAUUGUAGUCCAGAAACAGCUGGAGAGCCAAGUUUGGGGAAACUGGUCUACACCAAAUGUCUAGUCCAGACAUUUCUCUGAUGAAAAUAGGGAUGUCAGGGUUUGCCAGGGUUUAAUGCAAACACAGGGAGCCUGCAGCCCUCCAGGCAUUGCUGGGCUCCAACUCCCAUCAUUCCUAGCCAGAAUGGCCAGUGGUCCAGGAUGAUGGGAGUUCUAGUCAAGGCAAUCUCUGGAGGGCCAUAAGUUCCCCAUCACUGGACUAGGUGGAGCCCAAACUACAUUCACUGCUAUGUGUCCUCCUUGUUACUGGGUGGGGUGUGUGUGCGUCUGUGGCUCUUCAGAUGUCAUUGGCCUUCCAGUUCCAUCAGCCCAGCAUUUCUGUACAGGAGACCUGAUGGGUGAUUUCAGUUCAUGCUGCGUUCGGUAUGGGAGUAAAAUAGGACAAUACUUGGCAGCUUCCUAUGCUUCUAAAUUGGGGGAGGGAGAGGAGAUAUCCCUCAUGCUUUUUUGAUCCAGAUCCAUUCCUAGAUGCCAGGUUUGUAUUGAAUUCGCCCCCUGUCCAUUGAACAGAGGCCCUUAAGCAAAUUCCCUCCAAAAUAAGAUACCAGCUUUAAUUAUAUCCAGGACUUUCAGCUUCAGAACCCCACUCUAAGCACUUGGCAUUUUGGUGUUUCUCGGUUUCUAGUUUUCCAAUAUUUAGCUCAGCUCCCCACUUUUCAACAACAGGUUGUGUUUUAUUCUAAAUACUGCUCCUAACAAUUCAGCAUUUGUGCAACUAUCUCCAAAUUCACACAUGUGCAAUUUUGCCUGUUAUUCACAUUUUUUGCAAAGCAGUUUUGCCUAACACAAGGCACGUUAUUUUCCCUAAGAUAUUCUCUUUACCCAAGCAUAACCGUGAGUGUACACGUUUGCAACUGGUUUGCAAAACUUGAGUGCCGCGAUUUCAAAAGAUGGCUGUUUUGGUUUGCAUAUUGAAAGCAAAAAUUAGGUGGUUGUUGUUGUUUAGUCGUUUAGUUGUGUCCAACUCUUCGUGACCCCAUGGACCAGAGCACACAGGCACUCCUGUCUUCCACUGCCUCCCGCAGUUUGGUCAAACUCAUGCUGGUAGCUUUGAGAACACUGUCCAACCAUCUCAUCCUCUGUCGUCCCCUUCUCCUUGUGCCCUCCAUCUUUCCCAACAUCAGGGUCUCUUCCAGGGAGUCUUCUCUUCUCAUGAGGUAGCCAAAGUAUUAGAGUCUCAGCUUCAGGAUCUGUCCUUCCAGUGAGCACUCAGGGCUGAUUUCCUUAAGAAUUGAUAGGUUUGAUCUUCUUGCAGUCCAUGGGACCCUCAAGAGUCUCCUCCAGCACCAUAACUCAAAAGCAUCCAUUCUUCGGCGAUCAGCCUUCUUUAUGGUCCAGCUCUCACUUCCAAACAUCACUACUGGGAAAACCAUAGAUUGAACUGUACGGGCCUUUGUUGGCAAGUUGAUGUCUCCUUUUUUAAGAUGCCUUUGAAUGUGAACUGAACCCAAUGUGUCCCCCAUUUUAUGGGUCCUCCACUAGCCUCUACUUCCCCUUCUCGAGCUCGGCCUGGGACUUGUGAUGUUCCUCUCCGCGCUUUUGGGUAGCAUUCCAGAUGCUGCCCAGCUGUUUCACAGAAUCGGGGUGUAGGGAAUGCAAAAGGCACCUGUUUCCUCCCAGCCCACUCUUUGCAGGGGCGAAGAGAAGGAGAGAGAGGGAGAAAAAGAAAGGGAGGCUGGAGGUCUUUCAGGGGUGAGGAGUGGAGAUGCAAGCCGAACUCUCUGGAACAAAGCGCGAUUCUCUGUGCCAGGUUGUCCCCACAACACCCCAUGUCCCAACAGCCUGGAAAUAAAUCAGCCCUCCAGAUGUGCUAGCUUUUGGGACAGAUGGGAGCUGUUCCCAGCAGAUGAGUGCCAGGGCGAAAUCGAGAAACACUGGGCCUUAUUAGGGUAUGCACGUUGAAGAGAAAGACCAAAGAAUGCCUUGACUUUUAGCUAUACACAGCUUGCACUAGGAUGACGCAACCUUUUGUCUUUUUCGGCUACAAGGCGGGGCUGGACUGGAUGAUCCUCAGGGUCCCUUCCAAUUCUAUGACCGGGGCAUACUCGUCAACUGUCCUGUUUUGAGUGAGACACCCCAGAAUUACAAAAGCCAUCACAGCUUCUAACUGGAUCCCAGAAUGUCCCAUUUUUUUGUUCUUGUGUUCUGGCGCAUGUCACCUGGCUCCCGCAAGAGCUUGGGACCAAAAACGAACACCCCAAUUUUAAUCAGCAGGAUUAGGCAUCCCCAACCUGCGGCCCUCCAGAUGUUUUGGCCUACAACUCCCAUGAUCCCUAGCUAACAGACCAGUGGUCAGGGUUGAUGGGAAUUGUAGUCCAAAACAUCUGGAGGGCCCAAGGUUGGGGAUGCUUGAGCAGGAUUUUGGAGGGUAUGCUGAGGAAUGCUAGAGUUGAGUGCAUUGUUACCAACAAAGGCACUGGGUAGUACAGGCAGAAAUCCACUGGUUUUCCACUGCUGCAGCUCCACCUGUUGAUUUUCUGCCUGUUACGUAGGUUUAAAAGAUUCAGACUGUUUACUCAUUUUUUGUGUGUACGUGUGUGGGGGGGGCAUUCUUAACAAACAGCACAGACUUCUUUAAAAUUACUGUUGGCUGUACUUUGGCCCAGGACAGUGGGAAAAUGUGGAAUUGGAUAUCCCUGGGUAUUUUCCGGCAGGUUCUACUUUUAGCAUCCUUGUUUAUACUGGUUGAGCUGUGCACCUUCCUCCAUCCAGGGGUUUGUAAACAUGAACUCCUCCCCAGGCGCUGAAGGCAGUCAGAUUGUCUCAGUUCUUCCUUGGCCCAUCCCUGUUCUCUCAGAGGUAAGGAUGGGGGAGGAAAAAUUCCUCUUCCAUAUCUCAUUUUAGUGGGAACUCAGCUAAGCCUCACUUCCCAAACCAAUAGACAAACCGAAACACAAUUACUCUUCAAAAUUUGCACACAUUUUUAGUGUUUUGGGUCACCUACUGAUUUGGGAAGGUGCAAAACGAGAACUAACCCACGUCCUGUCCCCCCCUUCCCCUGCUUGGGAGCAAGUUCCACUGGCAUCAGGCUUGGUUAUUUCUAGAAACACCUUUCUUUGGGGCACAAAUGGGUGAAUCUAUUCCACCCUUUCAAACAGGGCUGCAAAUUUUUCUUGUUUCAACAUUUCAUUCAGGUUAUUUAUUGCAUGAAUUUACAAGUUGCUUAUAAAAAAGUGGCGUAGAAUGUAGAAAAACACCAUGAAAACGCCCGACAAAUUCAGUAUAGAAGUUAAUUCAUAUCGAUCCGUGACGCAGCCGAGUCACAUUGCAGGAAAACCCUCUGAGUUUGGGCUUCAGGUGAGAAGGUUAGAUUAAUCAACCAAAAUUUUAGUUGGUUGAUCUGCGAGGUUUGUAAUACUGUGAGGUUUGUUAAUCUUUCCCCGAAAGAUUCCAUCAACGGUGUCUCUGAAAAUUUUUACACAUCACUUGGGAAGACAGGCGAACUAAUAUCAGUGUAGAAGCAAAGAUCACCAGUGUUGAAGCAAUGAUUCUUCAACAUCAACUUUGUUGGACUGGUCAUGUUGUGCUGAUGCCUGAUGAUCAUCUUCCAAAGCAACUACUCUAUUCCGGACUUAAAAAUGGAAAGCGUAAUGCUGGUGGUCAACAAAAGAGGUUUAAAGACUGUCUCAAGGCAAAUCUAAAAAAAUGUAGUAUAAACACCGACAACUGGGAAUAAAAUGGCCUGCGGGCACUCCAGUUGGAGAACAGCCUUUAUCAAAUGUGUCAUGGGCUUUGAAGACACUCGAAGUCAGGGCGAAAGGGAGAAACGUGCUGAGAGGAAGGGACGCUUGGCAAAUCCACACCGUGAUCAACUCCCAUCCGGGAACCAAUGUCCCCACUGUGGAAGGACGUGUGGAUCCAGAAUUGGCCUCCACAGUCACUUACAGACUCACUGUUAAAACCGUGUUUAUGGAAGACAAUCUUACUCGGCUACGAGUGAUCGCCAAAGAAGAAGACUGAGUCAGGCCAGGCUGAGUCGUCUACAAUCCCUACAGUUUCAUAGCAUCAUAAAAUUGUAGAGUUGGAGUCCUGAGGGUCAUCCAGUCCAACCCCCUGCUGGUGUUGGGGGCAGGCAGGACACCCACCACUCACGAUCCUCUUCUUUGUCUCUGUCUAGCAGAUUCAGAAUAAAAUAUCUCAACAACAGUCGUUUCACUUUUUUUAAAUAGAGAUCUUUAUUAAUUUAAAAUACAAUCAUACAGUAAAGGUAAGUAUAACAAAAUUAAGCACAAAAGAAGAAGAAGAAGAAAAGGGAUUUGUCACCUUAAAAAGGUCGAAAAAAGGUUUCAAAGUAACAAAAAAAAGACAGUUAAAAGAACCACAUAUUUAUACAACAUCUUAGCCUAUAAAGUUUUCUGUGAAAAACUUCCAAUCGUUCUCAUUAUACUUUUUCUAUCGUCUUGAUUUUAUCGCACUGUUUGUUUUGUAUCUUUUUCCAUAUAUUCCUCUAAGCUGUUUAUUCCAUUUAUCUAUUGUACACAAGUAUCAUUCAAUUCUGCUAGGGUGGUAUCAUUUUUACAAUAUAGUCUUAUAUAGUCCUUAAAUAACAAGAGUUGUUUCAAAUCACUUUCUUUUGACCCGAAGUGCUCAGAAAAAACCCUGUCAAAAUCCUUCUACAAUUUCUACUUUUAGUUAAGUACUUUUGUUUAUUUACUUGAUUUGAGGAGGGCGCUGCCACACACACACACACACACACACACACACCCGCCGCGACACCCAUGACAGGGAUUGAACCUGCGACUUUCUGGGAGCAAGGCAGAGGUGCUCUGCCACUGAGCUACCUUCCUCCCACUGCUCUAACACAUCUGGUCGUGGUGCUUGAAUCAAAGCUUCCUGAUAUCCACCAACAGCUUUUUCCCGCCCCCCUUUGUUGCUUAUGCUAGCGUGGGCUAACCAGGGAGGGCAAGUUUGAAUGGAUGGAACCAGCGGAGCGAGCCAAAACCACAGGAGCAAAGCAGGCAACCUCCCGGGGUGCCAAAAUUCCUGGUGUACACAGAUAUGGAAAGAGGAGGAGGAGGCACAGAGAGAGUUAGUAGCAGAGGUUUGGCAGGCUUUUGGCCAGGGCAGCCCCGACGCUCCAGGGAAGUGUUCACAGCACAACUGAGAUCCUUGUGAUCUCCAUCAGCUGCUGGGUCAUGAGCACAACUGGAAACAGGGGGAGUUUUUAAAAGUGACAAGCGCUGAACACGAGAAAACAAGGGCUGCUCCCUUGGUUCUUGGCUGCUCAGAGCGCUGCUCUUAUUGCUUCUUGGCGUAUGAGGAGCGAGGGGAGGGGUGGCAACGCUUUUAGGAGCCCAGAGCAGAAGGAAAAAGAACAAACAGGCCGGGAAAAGCCGAGAGGGAAGGGCACACUCGCUUGUUCAUUCAAAUUGGUAUAUACCGUAUUUUUCGCUCUAUAAGACGCACCAGACCACAAGACGCACCUAGUUUUUGGAGGAGGAAAACAAGAAAAAAAAUAUUCUGAAUCUCAGAAGCCAGAACAGCAAGAGGGAUCACUGCGCAGUGAAAGCAGCAAUCCCUCUUGCUCUUCUGGCUUCUGGGAUAGCCUGCAUUCACUCCAUGAGAAGCACACACAUUUCCCCUUACUUUUUAGGAGGGAAAAAGUGAGUCUUAUAGAGCAAAAAAUACGGUAUUUAACAUCCAUAACUCGACUUCUUCGAUCUUGUUGUUAAUCUCCAAGGCAGGCUUACUGGAAAAGCAGAAUGAACAGAGGAUGCUGGCUUUUCCAAGUCAAGCCACUGGUUCAUUUAGCUCUGUAUUGCCUACGCCAGGGUUUCCCAAACAUGGGCCUCUAGCUGUUUUUGGACUACAACUCCCAUCAUCCCUAGUUAGCAGGACCAGUGGCCAAGGGUGAUGGGAGUUGUAGUCCAAAAACAGCUGGAGGCCCAGGUUCGGGAAACCCUGGUCUACACCAAAUGUCUAGUCCAGACAUUUCUCUGAUGAAAAUAGGGAUGUCCUAUUCCAUAAUAAUAAUAAUUUCAUUAUUUAUACCCUGACCACCUGGCUGGGUUGCCCCAGCCAUUCUGGGCAGCUUCCAACAUAUAAAAAAAACAUAAUAAAACAUUAACCAACUUCCCUAUACAGGGCUGCUUCAGGUGUCUUCUAAGUAUAGCGACUUAUCUCCUUGGCUCAGGGGUCACAUAACUCCAUACGCUCCAACGUUUCUCUGGUGAAAAUAGGGAUGUCCUAAGGAAAAGUGGGACAUUCUGGGAUUAAACUAAACUAAACGGCCUUGGUCCAGUAUACCUGAAGGAGCGUCUCCACCUCCAUCGUUCUGCCUGGACACUGAGGUCCAGCGCAGAGGGCCUUCUGGUGGUUCCCUCACUGCGAGAAGCCAAGUUACAGGGAACCAGGCAGAGGGCCUUCUCGGUAGUGGCGCCCGCCCUGUGGAAUGCCCUCCCACCAGAUGUCAAAGAGAAAAACAACCACCAGACUUUUAGAAGACAUCUGAAGGCAGCCCUGUUUAGGGAAGCUUUUAUUGUUUAAUAGGUUAUUGUAUUUUAGUGUUCUGUUGGAAGCCGCCCAGAGUGGUUGGGGAAACCCAGCCAGAUGGGUGGGGUAUAAAUAAUAAAUUAUUAUUAUUAAAUCAGAAACCAGGAUUGCUUCUAUAAAUCUGGGGCUGUCCCUGGAAAAUAGGGGCACUUAAGAGGGUCUGUUUAAAGCAUUUGGGUUUUUGUUUUUGCCGCUAAACUUUCCCCGUGAAAACCUGCUCCUUACCGCUGAAUCGGAGUAAACUGCAAUCGGAGUAAACUGCAAAACUCAAAUUGCUGUUCGAUUCAUUGUUAAAAGAGUGGGUUUUGUGUGGAAAGCACUGGGGCAAGGGGGGGGGGAGCCCUUGGACAUGGAAGUUCAAAGCACAGACUUGUGGCUAGAAAGUGCAGGGCAAAAGAUAAGGGUGGAUAAGCCCCAAUUGGCAUGGCUCUCUGGGAUUUCACACUGAGCUUUCCCUUGUGUUUUCCUGGCUUAGAGUUUUUGCUCCCUCUAAAAGCAGAAAUCACUUAAACCAAAAAAUAUAGCUAAAUGUGCCUAAACGCUCAGCAGGCACAUGAGACUCACAGGCAUUUAUGAGGGUCACAUGUGCCAACUGAGCAAGCAUUUAGUUAUCUUUUUGUUCAUUUAGAUCAGCGGUUCCCAGUUUGCACUGCGGAUCCCCUGUUUUUCAAAAGCCAAGCCAUGGACCCUGCCGAGACCAUAUAACACCGGUCCUGAAAGACCUACAUUGGCACCCAGUACGUUUCCGAGAACAAUUCAAAGUGUUGGUGCUGACUUUUAAAGCCCUAAACAGCCUUGGCCCAGUAUACCUGAAAGAGCAUCUCCACCCCCAUUAUCCAGUCCAGACACUGAGGUCCAGUUCUGAGGGUCUUCUGGCAGUUCCCUCACUGCGAGAUGUGAGGUUACAGGGAACCAGGCAGAAGGCCUUCUCGGUAGUGGCGCCCAACCUGUGGAACACCCUCCCACCAGAUGUCAAGGAAAUAAACAACUACCUGACUUUAGAAGACAUAUGAAGGCAGCCCUGUUUAGGGAGGUUUUUAAUUUUUGAUGUUUUAUCAUGUUUUUAAUACCCUUUUGAAAGCCGGCCAGAUGGGUGGGAUAUAAGUAAUUAAUAAUAAUAAUAAUAAUAAUAAUAAUAAUAAUAAUUACUACUUUUGAAAAUGUUUAUUAUCUCUGUGGUAGCUUUUGUUAUGUGAACCGGUGCCAACAUACCCUCCAGUGUGUCCCAGUGCAAAACUGGGGCACAUGUCUUCUGGUCUGCAUUCGUGUGCCAGUCAUGUGACCAAUGGGAUGUUCUGGACAGUUGACGGCUAAAUGGCCUCAGUCCAGUAUAUCUGAAGGAGCGUUUCCCCUCCAUUGUUCUGCCCGGACACUGAGGUCCAGUGCCGAGGGCCUUCUGGCGAUUCCCUCCCUGCAAGAAGCCAAGUUACAGGGAACCAGGCAGAGGGCCUUCUCGGUGGUGGCACCCUCCCUGUGGAACGCCCUCCCACCAGAUGUCAAAGACUUUUAGACAACUACCAGACUUUUAGAAGACAUCUGAAGGCAGCCCUGUUCAGGGAAGCUUUAAUGUUUGAUCCAUUACUGUAUUUUAAUAUUGUGUUGGAAGCCACCCAGAGUGGCUGGGGAAACCCAGCCAGAUGGGCGGGGUAUAAAUAAUAAAUUAUUAUUAUUAUUAUUAUUAUUAUUAUUAUUACUAUUAUGUGCCACCGGGGCCCUGGGUGGGUUACAUGGACCCCUCAGGGGUCCGCAGACCACCAAUUGGGAGCCACUGAUUUAGAGAAUUGAUAUGACUUAGAUCACUAACAUUUCUUUUUGGUGGGGAACCUCUGUAAGUCAGGAAAUCUCUCUAAGCCUCCUUUCUCGCUGCUCUUGUCUACGCAAUCCCCUCACCUUGGCCUCUGGCCUUCUCUCUUUCUGCCCCCAUAGGUUCAUGUGUGCCCACUUGCCAAACCAGGUUCUGGAGAGCAUCAGCCUUAUCGACACACCAGGGAUCCUUUCUGGUGCCAAGCAGCGCGUGAGCCGAGGUAAGACCAUCCUGCGGUUGGCAGGAUUGAGGGUGUUAUGUACUGAAGUUCUCACCCUGGGCCAGCAGGGGGAUACUGUAGAUAGUUAUGCAAAUGAAGGAUCGAAAGUGACGUUCAGUGAUUGGAUAGUUUGCAUGCAAAUGAAGGAUUGAAAGUGACGUUCAGUGAUUGGCUAGUUACAGAAAAUGGUUACUGUUGCAUUCUAGUGGAGCUCUAUGUAAGCAGGCUGACUGAGCUCCUCAGUUCAGUUCAGUUCCAGCUUACAAAUAAAGGGCUGCUUUGGAAGAAUCGCUGUGUCGUCUGAUAUGUUCGCCCACAACUUAACAGAGGGCAAGGAUGCUCAGCUGCUCAGGCUAAUCCUGCCCCACUGUGUGGGUUUCCCCCACUCUCUUUGGGUGCACAUUUAUUUUGUUCUGACAAGGUGGAAAGUGUGUGGAGGAGGGCAGCCGAGAUGAUCAAGGGUCUGGAAACCAAGCCCUGUGAGGAACGGUUGAGGGAGUUGGCUAUGUUUAGCCUGGGAAAGAGGAGAUGUGAUAGCCAUCUUCAAAUAUCUCAAGCGCUGCCACAUGGAGGAGGGAACAAGCUUGUUUUCUCCUGCUCUGGAGGGUAGGAUUCGAACCCAUGGCUUCCAAGUUACAAGAAAGGCGAUUCCAACUAAACAUCAGGAAGAAGUUUCUGACAGUAAGAGCUGUUCAGAAGUGGAACGGUCUCCCUCGGGAAGUUGUGGACUCUCCUUCCUUGGAGAUUUUUUAAGCAAAGGUUGUAUGGCUGUCUGUCAUGGAUGCUUUAGCCGAGAUUCCUGCAUUGCAGGGGGUUGGACUGGAUGACCCUCGGGGUCCCUUCCUGCUCUACAAUUCUAUUAAUCAAUUCAAGGAUCUAUCCUCUGCCUUUCAUGGCGCACUGCCCUCACAGAGUUGUUUACAUAAAGUAAAAAGGUAAAGGGACCCCUGACCAUUAGGUCCAGUCGUGACUGAUUCUGGGGUUGCGGCGCUCAUCUCGCUUUAUUGGCCGAGGGAGCCAGCGUACAGCUUCCGGGUCCUGUGGCCAGCAUAACUAAGCCGCUUCUGGCGAACCAGAGCAGCGCACGGAAAUGCCGUUUACCUUCCCGCUGGAGUGGUACCUAUUUAUCUACUUGCACUUUGACGUGCUUUCGAACUGCUAGGUUGGCAGGAGCAGGGACCAAGCAACGGGAGCUCACCCCGUCGUGGGGAUUCGAACCGCCGACCUUCUGAUUGGCAAGUCCUAGGCUCUGUGGUUUGACCCACAGCGCCACCCGCGUCCCUUUGCAUAAAGAAGGAAAAACAUAAAUACGUAGAAAAAAUUCAAGAAAUCCAUCCAUUUUUAAGCAGGAGUGGGGAACCUCAUGCCUGGGAGAUGAAUGUGGCCUUCCAAGUCUCUCUGUGUGGCCCCUGCUGCUCUCUCCAGGCCUCACGCCUCACCAGCCCCAUUCUGUACCUUCCUCCUGCUUUCUGGGGCUGAUGGGAUUUGUAGUCCAAGACUUCUGGAGGACACCAGCUGAAGGAAGGCUGUGCUAGGUUGUGCCUCUGCAUGACUCUGGCCACAUUCCUUGCCACAGCGUGCCUCAGUUUCUCCUCCUGAGCCCGCGCCCGAUACUGCAGAGCCCCGUGCCGGCAGCUGUAGGUUACUUCGCUGUGUCCCCAGUUGCCGCUGGCUGUGACAGAUCCCUGGGUGUUUCCCUGGCCCCCGGCCAGACCAGCUCUGCCAUGUUCCUGCCUGCAAGGUCUGGGGCUGGUAAACGUUGAUUCCCGUCUCAGAGGCCCAUUUCAAAGGAAACAAAAGCACGCAGCGUAUUCAUUUCAAAACAAAAGGAAGCAGCUGGACGGAGAGGGGAGAAGUGGAGUUAGGAGGUGGCAGGGGGGAUACUGAAGGUUGCCAGUCGCCCCCCACCCUCCCCAUGGGGGGAUUUGGAGUCCAACAGCAUUUGGGGAGAGCAGAGGAUCGCCAUCCCUGAUCUAGCUAGUUAAAAGAGUUCUGGGGAAUUCAAAAUAUUGCACACUACGGCCUUAGUCACACUCCUGCUCCUGUUGCGAUUGCUGGGAACAGGUCUCUGAUUUAUAGGCACAGAUCCAAGCGAUUUUUCUUGGUCCCAUUGCUUUCCCCAGGAAAUCCCUCUGUUUACUGCUGAAUCGGAACAAGCGUCAAUCAGGUUGUGGAACGAUACUCGUUCCGAUUCAGCAGUGAACAGUAGGUUUCCCCAGGGACACAAAAACCCAGCAACAUCCCUACAAAUCGCAGACCUGUGCCGAGAAACAGUGGCAAAAAGGAAAUGUGAAUGAGCCCUUUUUGGUUAGAGUUGCCCUAAUAAAGAUAUUUACCUAAUACAGUGGUACCUCGGGUUGCAUAUGCUUCAGGUUACAUAUGCUUUGGGACGUGGGUGGUGCUGUGGGUUAAACCACAGAGUCUAGGACUUGCCGAUCAGAAGAUCGGCGGUUCGAAUCCCCGCAACGGGGUGAGCUCCCAUUGCUUGGUCCCUGCUCCUGCCAACCUAGCAGUUCAAAAGCAUGUCAAAGUGCGAGUAGAUAAAUAGGUACCGCUCGGGCAGGAAGGUAAACGGCGUUUCCAUGCGCUGCUCUGGUUCGCCAGAAGUGGCUUAGUCAUGCUAGCCACAUGACCCGGAAGCUGUCUGUGGACAAACGCCAGCUCCCUCGGCCAAUAAAGCGAGAUGAGCGCCGCAACCCUAGAGUUGGUCACGACUAGACCUAAUGGUCAGGGCUCCCUUUACCUUUACAUAUGCUUCAGUUUACAGACUUCACUAACCCAGAAAUAUUACCUCGGCUUAAGAACUUUGCUUCAGGAUGAGAACAGAAAUCGUGCUCCGGCUGCACGGUGGCAUCAGGAGGCCCCAUUAGCUAAAGUGGUGCUUCAGGUUAAGAACAGUUUCAGGUUAAGAACGGACCUCCGGAAUGAAUUAAGUACUUAACCCGAGGUACCACUGUACAGAUUUUGUAUUUUUAUGGGCCAACUCAGUGACCUUAAUUGUUUUUCCUCCCAGUGACUUUAAAGCACAUUCCCCUCCCCACAAAGAAUCCAGGCAACUGUAGUUUGUUAAGGGUGCUGGGAACUAUAGCACCACUAGGGGUAAACUACAGUUCCCAUGAUAUUUUUUUAGGGGGUGUUUUAAAUGUAUGGUGUGUACACAGCCUCUGCCUUUUAAGAUUGCCAAUGGAGGGUUGUUGUUUUUUAAUGGUGUUUUAUUCUGUUUUUAGAUUUGGGAGGUUUUUUAAAAGUUGUCUCGUUGCCCUUCCGUUAUCAUUGUGCAGAUUUCAUUCGCACUUCUUUGUGCGCCGCCCUGGAAUCUUUUGAGGAAGGGCAGUUAAAUAAGUAUUGUAAGCAAAUAAAGUUUCCACUAGGCUUUAUCACCACUAGAGAGGACAAGGUUUUUCCUGCUAUAUUUCUGCAUGUCAGGCUUCUGUCAACAUGAGCAGGGCCAAGGGAAGGGGGACAGAGUUCACAACACAACCAUAACACACACACACACACACACACACACACACACACUGAUUGUGUGAACAGAAGAUGAGAGUCAAGAGGUAAUGUGAAGUCAGGUCCACAGAGAAUUUACUGCUUGUGUCAAAGGACAAGAUGGCAUCCUCUCAUGUUAGACUCAUUGGAAUCAAUGAAUACGACUAACUUAGGUGCCUUAAUUUCAAUGGAUCUACUCUGAGUAAAAGCUAGUUGGAUACCAGACCAUUGUUCAGCAUUCACAGGCCCCUACUAUUGUCACUAUUUUCCAAGGACAGUCCCAGAUUUACAGAAGCCGUCCCAGUUUCUGAUUUGAUCCCAGAACAUCCCACUUGUCGUUAGGGCAUCCCUAUUUUCAUCGGAGAAACGUUGGAGGGUAUGGAGUUAUGUGAUCCCUGAGCCAAACCUAUAUACAACCUUUAGAAGACAUCUGAAGACAGCCCUGUAUAGGUUUUGUUUUGUUUUAAGUUCAAAGUUUUCUUAAGUUUUUAUAUAUGUUAGAAGCCACUCAGAGUGGCUGGGGCGUCCCAGUGAGAUGGGUGGGGUAUAAAUAAUAAAAUUAUGAUGAUUGAAGAGGACACCCCUAUUUAUAUUGGAGAAAUGUUGGAGGGUAUACUUUUGUUUCUGUACUUUGCUUGAUAUGCAACCUCCUGGUUUUUUUGCAUUCCCAGGCAGAUGGCAAAACCGAGGCUGUUUAUAGAGUCCACAACUGGCCCCCAUAUUUGGCAUAUAAGCUGCGUUUGGCUUUUUUCUGCAAGGCUGCUGUCAAGAGGUCCAGAGAGUGGGGGCUUUGCAGAAGGGGCAGUAGGGUGCAUCUCACGACCCGCUAGGCAAAUUGCGUUGGCCACACAAGCUAAACACACGCACGCGCACACACAAAGAUUACAAAAUGCAAGGAAACAUUUAGCAGAUGUAGGAAGGAAUUGGUUACAAAGGCAGCUAUUGAGCGGGAACAGAAUGUGCCAGAGAGCGAGAGAGAAGAUGUGCUAUCCUCAUUCCAAGGUGUGUCGAGGGCGCUCUUGAGUUCAGAUGUGAGCAUGCACCAGGGGAGAUGGGGAAAGGGGAUGCCAAAAAUGUCUGAAGGGUGUAUGAAGGACGCACGUCACGGGAGACGUCCUAAGGAAAACGCAGGACGUUCCGGGACUGAAUCAGAAACCGGGAUGGCUUCUGUAAAUCCGGAACUGUCCCUGGAAAAUUUGGACACUAGGAGGGGCCUGUGAAUGCGGGAUAAACAGUGACCCUGGAGGAGCUCCUAUUCCACAGGGGCUUUUUGUUGUUGUUGGGGAUGAACAGAAGAGAAAGCUGCAAGGAGCCUUUGCUUGCAGGGAGAAUUUAGUGGGCCUUGCUCCCAGGGAUGGGCAUAGCUGUCAAGCGUCCCUUAUUUGGCGGGACAGUCCCUUAUUCCAGCGCCAUGUCCCGCUGCUGUCCCUUAUUGAUGAUGUCUCUUAAAUAAGCUACUGAAGGUAAUGGGGCCCUUUCUAUGUCCAACUUGUCUUGUCAACAACAAAUUGUUGAUGUUUUUUUGUGUUAAAUAUAUGCUAUAUGGUAAUUUAUGGACCUAAUAGGUAUCUAAAGCCAUUUGCACGCAACAAAAUAUGUAUUUUAUAAAAGUAAUUGUUGAUCCCUUAUUUUGGCUGCUGGUCCCUUAUUUUCAAAUCUGUAAGUUGACAGCUAUGGGGAUGGGGCAUCUAGCUCUUUUCCUAUACAACUGGGACAGACAUGUUCCCCGCAAAGUCCCCCCCGAGAGGAUAGGGUGGGGAGAGCCCUUUCAUGCUUUUCCUGUGACGCUCACAUUCCUGUACUCGUCUCCCCUUGGGACUUUGGCCUUCCACUGCGUGGGAUGGGUCAGUUCAGGGUGGCUUUUAAUUCCCGCUGAGAGGCAGGCCUCUCUCAAGCUCUCUCUCUCUCCCAAUAUUUCUUUGGUUGCCGGGGCACCCCCGGGAGAACCCUGUACAGAGAUAGCACAGGUCUGCUGCAUUCUUUCCACAUUUUAUACAUGAAAGUAUGUGGGGAAUCUGGAUAGACCCCGCCUCGGCGAACAGGGCGAAGUGGAAACUGGGAAAGGCUGUGGGCCCUGGACAAAUGGCCUUGUUUAUUUGGGAGCGUUAGCCAAGAAUCUGCGUUCCUGUGGACGAGACACUCCUCUGACCCCUGUAGCAUGGUGUGCGGUUGUGAGCUUUCUCCUGCAACAGGGUGUUAGUCCAGCAUCCCUGGGCAAGGCUUCUCCAACCUGGUGCCCUCCAUAUGGUUUGAACUACAACUCUCAUCAGUCCCUGCACUAGGUCCUCUAGAGUGGGGGUUCCCCAACUCCAUAGCUGUCAACUUUUCCCUUUUCUUGCAAGGAAUCCUAUUCGGAAUAAGGGAAUUUCCCUUAAAAAAAGGAAAAAGUUGACAGCUAUGCUCAAUUCCCCCCAACUCAAGACUACAGUGGUACCUUGGGUUAAGUACUUAAUUCGUUCCGGAGGUCCAUACUUAACCUGAAACUGUUCUUAACCUGAAGCACCACUUUAGCUAAUGGGGCCUCCUGCUGCCGCUGCGCUGCCGGAGCACGAUUUCUGUUCUUAUCCUGAAGCAAAGUUCUUAACCUGAAGCACUAUUUCUGGCUUAGUGGAGUGUGUAACCUGAAGCGUAUGUAACCCGAGGUACCACUGUACUUGAAAACGGCAGAGCACUUAUUGCUUUUUCUAUUGCAUUUCUAUUGCUGCUUUCAUUUAUUAUACUGUAUUCCAUUUUCUAGUCUUAGAAUCUGCAUUCUGUCAGAUUUGAAUGGUAGAGUGCAAUGAAAUGCAAUAUGGGAAACAAAAGAAGCAAUUAAAAAAUUGCAGUUAAAAAUCAAUGUGGCGGUGGCUGUGGACCACCUGGAUGAAGCCCACUGACCACAGUCUUUGAUCCUUUGCUCUAGGCUAGGUGUCGUGUUCUAGAGGGCUUCGCAACCACUGGAUUUGAUCGUAGGUGGCAGCCCCUCCAACAAACCUAGGCCUCCUAGUGUAUCCAUCUGAUCCCCUCAUUCAUUCAUUUUUAUAGUCAUUUAUUUGACCCCACUCGUGAGCCAGAAAGGCUUGCAGUGAUUGGGAAUAAGACUGCCCUUGCCGCUCGGGCUUGCUGUGUGAAAAGGCAUGACAUGAAAGGAAAGGGGAUUGGGAGGGAAAGGGAAAACAAACAAAAAACCCUCCAGCAUUAGUUAAGAGUUCUAAUGUGUCUUCUUUCUAGCAGUGAAGGGUGAAGUAAGUUUUCUACAGCAGCUGCUUCUUAGGCCAAUGGUUAUUCUCCCCCAACCCUUGCCAUAAAGCCCCCUCAAUGGUGGGCAGCCCCUUGGUCACUGAAUGGCGCCAGUGUGUGAAGCCCUGAGUUCCAGAGAGUGCUAAACUUAGAGGCGCCACUGGCCUGUGGCCCUCAAAGUUGUCCCAGGAGGACAUACGGCCCUCCGCCCCUGCCAUGGGCCAUUAUGACUUUGCAGGCCGAAGCCUGGGUGAGGCCUAGCUAGCACAGAAGCCUGCCUCCCUGACCGGGGGCCCCGGGAGGGACUUUUAAGAGAGUUUGUGAUACAAAUGGGAGCGGGAGAGGAUCCUCCGCCAGUCGUGUGUCUGUGGGAAAGAGCAGCCCUUGCUCCAUGGCAACGGAGCGCACAGAUGAUUCACUUGCGAAACGCUGAGGAAUGUCUCCUGCAUGCCAGGGACGGAGGAGGAAGGGCACAUUUCCAGGGCAGCACAAAGCGUGCACAUGUGUAGAUACAAAGGUAGUUGUAACUAGGAAACUGGGUGGGCCGAGCAAGCGCUGGGAUUAGCCUGGCAUGCAAAACAAAAUGCACGGGCAGCCCUCUGUCGCAAGGCCUUCUUCCCCAGCUCCCCUCGUCCUCCGGCUGGUGUGCUGCCUCUUGGGUUUCGUUGUGUUUUUGUAUUUGCAGCAGAACGAGGUGGUAGAAUGGACUUUGCCAUGCAAAUUACACAGAAACAUAGCUGUCAAGCGUCCCUUAUUUGGCGGGACAGUCCCUUAUCCCAGCGCCAUGUCCUGCUGCUGUCCCUUAUUGAUGAGGCUUUGUUUGGCUGCUGGCUGGGCUUUCCGUCUUUGGCUUGGAAGGGCUCAGAAGUUGAACAUACCUGUGCCUGGAAAAUCCCUUAUUUUGGCUGCUGAUCCCUUAUUUUCGAGGCUGCUGGUCCCUUAUUUUCAAAUCUGUAAGUUGACAGCUAUGCACAGAAAUCGAAGAAGUCAUAAAAAUUACAAGCCAUGCAAUGGCAACAGCAGGCAAAAAAAUCAUUAUAAGUGCUUCCGAAUGGCCCUUUACAGCAGCUGUUCGCCAACUUGGUGCUCUGGAGGUGCCUUGCGCUACAAUUCCCAGCAGCCUCAUCAGUCAGCAUGCUGGGGCUGAUGGGAAUUGUAGUCCAAAACAUCUGCAGGGCACCAGAAAGCUCCCUGCAAACAGAAAACCAGCAUAGCAGACAAGAGCUCUGAGCUUCUACUUUCGUCUUCUUGCCUUCCUUAUUUAUUUAUUGCAUUUCUAGCCUACCUUUUUCUCUCCAAGGAGCUCAAGGUGGUUUCUGUGGUUCCUCAGUUAAGCAACAAAACAACCCUGUGAGGUAGGUUAGGCAGAGAGGGAGGGAGGCCCAAGGUCAGCCUGUGAGCUUCAUGGUCGAGUGAGGAUUCGAACCCUGGUCUCUCCCAGGUCCGAGUCGAACACUCUAACCACUGCACCACAGUGGCUCUUUUUCUGAUGCGUGCUAACUUUCUGCUUGCAGGGAGAUAAUAUUACCAGUACAGUGGUACCUCGGGUUAAGUACUUAAUUCGUUCCGGAGGUUCCGUACUUAACCUGAAACUGUUCUUAACGUGAAGCACCACUUUAGCUAAUGGGGCCUCCUGCUGCUGCCAUGCCGCCGGAGCACGAUUUCUGUUCUCAUCCUGAAGCAAAGUUCUUAACCUGAAGCACUAUUUCUGGGUUAGCGGAGUCUGUAACCUGAAGCAUAUGUAACCUGAAGCGUAUGUAACCCGAGGUACCACUGUAUUACUGUUAUUAUUUUCCUACUACUAUAUGAUAGCCCUCCACAAUAAUCUGAUUCUGAAUCGGUGGCACAUUCCGUUUGGCGACCUCUGUCCCAACUCAUCCUCCUGAACCUGCCCAGCCAAACUUUGCACAAACAUGUUAUAGACAGGCUGGAACAACGCCGCAAGAUCCAUUUAAUAAUUAAAUGCUUGCAUUCUAAGGCAGCUCCACUUCAAAUUUGGUUGGCGUGAUGGUUUAGUUUGAAACGGAGCUCCCUUUCAGUGCAAACCUUUGGUUCCCAAAUGGUACAUGAGGUGGUGCUGAUAAUAAAGAGUGCUUCUGAGCAUGUGUGGAGUACACCUCCCUUGCUAGUGAAUUUGUGUAUGUUUAGGAUUGCCAAGCAGGGCUUCUGAGCUAGAAAGCCCCAAUUUCCUCGAGCCCCAACACCCCCUCUUUUAUGUUUGCUCUUGUGGGGGAGGGGAAAUCCCAUUGGCCAGUAGCUGUUCCGACAUCAUCUAGCGGCCUAACUCAAGGCUGCAGAAGUUUGCAGCCUACCACUGAAUUGGAUGCAAACCAUUCCCUAAACCAUGUAUGGUAUGACAUUCUGCAAAGCUCAGCAAACCUCCAGCUGGGGGGACCUCAGAAACUACAAUUCCCUAAAGCACCAAAAUGCAUGAGGUUCCUGGGCUGCUUGCAGCUUACAACUUUGUUGUUGUUUAGUCAUUUAGUCGUGUCCAACUUUUCGUGACCCCCUGGACCAGAGCACGCCAGGCACUCCUGUAUUCCACUGCCUCCCACAGUUUGGUCAAACUCAUGCUGGUAGCUUCGAGAACACUGUCCAACCAUCUCGUCCUCUGUCGUCCCCUUCUCUUUGUGCCCUCCAUCUUUCCCAGCAUCAGGGUCUUUUCCAGGGAGUCUUCUCUCCUCAUGAGGUGACCAAAGUAUUGGAGCCUCAGCUUCAGGAUCUGUCCUUCCAGUGAGCACUCAGGGCUGAUUUCCUUCAGAAUGGAGAGGUUUGAUCUUCUUGCAGUCCAUAGGACUCUCAAGAGUCUCCUCCAGCACCAGAAUUCAAAAGCAUCAAUUCUUCGGCGAUCAGCCUUCUUUAUGGUCCAGCUCUCACUUCCAUACAUCACUACUGGGAAAACCAUAGCUUUAACUAUAUGGACCUUUGUUGCCAAGGUGAUGUCUCUGCUUUUUAAGAUGCUGUCUAGGUUUGUCAUUGUUUACAACUUACACAGGCCUAGAUUUCACCACAAUAAAAGCACGGGCCUCUUGUUCUCUGCCUUCAGACAUGAGGAGCUGUUAGUAUUUUAAAAUCUUCCCCCUUAAAAAACACACAAAAAACCCAAUUGCGGAUCAGGACAGAUUUCUCCCCCACGGAUGGUAAAAGCUUCUCCUUCCGUGCUAUGGUUUUGCCAGCCUGGGCCUGUCUAGAUCCCACCCUGCUCCUUGGCUCCCUUUCCUGCGCACAGCCAGGGAUCCAUGGGAUUCCUGAGCAGAGAGGAAAUCCUCGCAGCGAGUCGGCACAAGCCGGAGUCAGCCGCCUGCCCUUCAAAGUGAAUUACGGCUCUUUCUCGGGGAUGCGCCGCUGCCGCUGCCAGCCUUCGCUCAAAAGCUCCAAAAGGCAACCAUCUGGCUUUGGAAACGCACCUGUGGGCUUCAUAAUCUUUCUAAUAUACAAAGAUUCCUUUUUGCCAGGCACCAAGGCGCAGGCUGCACACGCCCUGUAGACUUAAAGCACAUUUCGUGUGCAUGGCUUCCCCCCAAAUAACCCUGGGAGCUGUAGUUUCCCCCUUGCAGAGCCGCUAUUCCCAGCACCCUUAUCAAACUACAGUUCCCAGGAUCCUUUGGGGGAGGUCACGUGCUUGAAAUGCAUGGUGUGUGCAAGCAGUCAAACUAUGGUAAGGCAGUCUUUGCUGCAGGUUGGGGUGCCCUCCUACUCAUUCUGCUUACUGGGGGCCCUGGACUUCUUCCUCUGCUGCCUCAUAUCUGGUUCUCCCUGCACCACCACCAUCACUAACAACAACAAUUUAUUUAUAUGCCUCCCAUCUGACUGGGUUACCCCAGCCACUCUGGGCAGCUUCCAACAAAUUAAAACACACUCGGAGUUAAGUGUGAAUUUCAUGCUCUUUAUUCAGCUCAUAGUAGUGAGGAAUGGAAGUUCCCCCAAGAUGUCUGCUUUAUAUACAUUAUUUACACAAUGGACCCCACGUGAUCGGCUAAUUCCGGGAUUCUCCUGUAGGCCAAUCAGGUUGCGGAUUCACUUCCACCUGGAGUUGGAUUGGGUGGCUCCUGCGGACCAAUCAGACUGCUGCAUUCUGGAUCCUAUUGUUCUAGGACCAAUCAGACUGCUGCAUUCUGAAUCCUAUUGUUCUAGGGCCAAUCAGACUGCUGCAUUCUGAAUCCUAUUGUUCUAGGACCAAUCAGACUGCUGCAUUCUGAAUCCUGUUGUUCUAGGACCAAUCAGACUGCUGCAAUUUGGAUCCUAUUCAACUCAGUACAUAACAACACAGUAUCAGUGAUUGCACAAACCAAAGAAAAAUGCCUUGGAUGAGCAGGGCUGCCGUGUUCUUUCUUAUCUUUGUAUAAAAAUAUGCAGGGUUCCCCUGCUUCUCUUUUGCAAAACAACUCUAGAUGCAGCAACAGCAAUAAAAGCUGGGGCGAGGGGGGGGGGCGGUUCACCACCAUCCCCCUCUCCAGCCAACCCAGCACAUUCCACACUCCCUCUUCUGCUGGAAACCCUUCCCUGUUCAGUUCAGAAUUUGCUUGGUAUUUCUUAAGCAUCUUGGUGGAGGGAAACUCCCCUUUCCCCUGCUAAUUUGGCAAUCUAAUCCAAGCCGUUUGCUGGCCUAUGCGCCAAAGUUAACUGGGUUUCCCAAUCGGGGUUUGGAUUUGUUCAUUAGCAAAACCCAGCGAGACACGACGCCACGAUGCAAAACCACAAGCUUCCAAUUAUAACCGACGCAAAUUGAUUGGUUUAACCGCACAACAGUGCUUUGUUUCAUGCACAAAGUUGCACAUAGGAAGCUGGCUUCUACUGAGUCAGUAUUUCCUAGCAUGGCUCUCCGGGAUUUUAGGAAAGGGCCAUUGCCAGCCUUUACCUAGAGAGGCAGUAGGUUGAACCAAAGGCCUUCUGCAUGAAAAAUGGAUGUUCCAUCUCUGAGCUAUGACUGGUGCGCUUUGGUCCAUCGUGGCUGCUCUGCUGGUUGCUGAAAUUUGCUGCUGUUGGCGAUUCCACAAGCCUGGCAGGAUCCAGAUUAUUAGCAUUGUAUCAAGAGUUCAUCCCAGCAGAUAAUGUUAGCGCCUAAAAGGAGCCUGCUCUCACAGUAGCCAACCAGAGGUCUGUCGAAAGCCCCAAACCAGGAUCUGACCACAACAGUACAGUGGUACCUCGGAUUAAGAACUUAAUUUGUUCUGGAGGUCCAUUCUUAACCUGAAACUGUUCUUAACCUGAGGUACCGCUUUAGCUAAUGGGGCCUCCCACUGCGCGAUUUCUGUUCUCAUCCUGAAGCAAAGUUCUUAAUCUGAGGUACUAUUUCUGGGUUAGCGGAGUCUGUAACCUGAAGCGUCUGUAACCCAAGGUACCACUGUACUCUUCCUCACCUGCGAUUCACAGCAAAUGAUAUUGAAUGGUGCCGCACAAAUGCACCUUACGGUAUUGACUCUUAGGAACUAUAGGUCACCCCUACCCUUCUCCCGAAACAACGAGCCUGGAAACAAAGAUGUGGAUGGAGGGCAGUGAGAAAAAAUGGAAAGAGCUGGCCCAUAUUGAGAAGAUACAGUGGUACCUUGGGUUACAGACGCUUCAGGUUACAGACUCUGCUAACCCAGAAAUAGUGCCUCAGGUUAAGAACUUUGCUUCAGUAUGAGAACAGAAAUCGCGCGGCCGUGCGGCAGCAGUGGGAGGCCCAAUUAGCUAAAGUGGUACCUCAGGUUAAGAACAGUUUCAGGUUAAGAACGGACCUCCGGAACAAAAUAAGUUCUUAACCCGAGGUACCACUGUAUUUGCCAAGUCAAAAGCUGGUCGGUUACAUGGUCUGGUCAUAUAAUCUUACAGUGAACAAUGAGAAUAUCAUCCAAAGCAGCGACACUCAGUCUGGCCGCACACACAGAGAAUCUUCUUGUACCGUCUCAGUUGGAGAAGACCUCAGGGAUCAGGUGCUCAGUCUCUAAAUACACCUGAGUUGUUGCGAAUCGGACAACUUAUUUGUUGCAUUUAUAUCCUGCUUAUUUCUCCAAGAAGCUAACGGUGGCGUAGAUGGUCCUCUCCCUCUCCUCAUUUAACCCCCACAGGCCUGUGAAGUAAGGGAGGCUGAGAGGAAGCGACUGUCCCAAGGUCACCCUGUGAGCUUCGUGGCCGAGUGGGAAUUCGACCCGAGUUUUCCCAGGUCCUAGUCCAGCGCUCUAACCACUGCACCACACUGGCAUUUUGAAGCAGGCCUUUCCGAACUUUGGCAGCACCUCUGCUUGAAAGUAGUGAUGCCAUAAGCUUCGGGGGCACUGCCCACCAGUUAAUGGUGCGUUGAGUGGCCCUGAAAUCUCCAACUUCCAUGUACAGGAAUGCAAAUAGCCUCACAUCUCGCACCAGGAGUCAUGCAUGAGAAUUCUUGUGCCUCUGGCAGCACUGGGUGUGUCUGUCUGCUCAGAUUCCAUUGAGUCAGUUACAUUUUGCAGGAAAGACUUAAAAACAUUUGUUUUCACACCACCUCCUCUGCCUUACUGAAUAAACCAGGGAAGGGUGGAAAUUCCUUCUCCAAAGAGAUACAUUCGCUCCUUAAACACCCACUCUUCUCCUGGGCCAUCUCUUCCUCUGCCAGCCACAGGCUGCUCAUCAAUUGGGUCUGGAUCUGGCCAGAACCCUGGAGCCUGCUAUCACCCAGAGGGCAAGCGCUGGCAUGGGCUGGCUGCCUGGAAAGUUGGCCCCUUAUCACUGGUGUGCUAAUAAACCAGAAGGGGAAAGGAAAGAAACCUGCAAAAAGCAGCACUUUGUAAACUUGUAAUUUGCAGGCAAUCUCAAUAUAUAUAUUUAUUUUAAUCCCGCUCUUGUGUGCAAGAAGGGAGAGUUUAUGUGGCUUGUAAAAUUCACCGGAAAUGCAGUAGCUGACAAGGGUAACAAGGGCCCAUUAGCCAUGACUGUCAGUUUCCUGCCUGGACUCCCAUGCUGCAGUAGUUAAUUCCUUAAAUAAUGGGGCAGGCCCCCCUGCCCAGUACAGCCUGGCUCUAGCUACUCAGUGGUGAGGCAAAAUGCACUCUGCACACACUCAGGGGCACUUUCACCUUUUGUUAUUGUAGCGCAUAUUCCAGGGGGCUGAGCUGCGAUGUUCAAAAAGGGACCCUUGCUCCUCUGCCAGAGCUCACAUGGGCUUAAACCCUGUCCCGCCAUCCUUUCCAGGCCUGCCCCGGGGGCAAACCAGGGAGCAGAGAAUGGUUCCUUUGUCUUGACCUUCUGUAUCUCUGUCUUGUGACACCAAUCCGGAGCAGCAUAUUCCACUUGGGCAAUGCAUGCGCCAUCGUUCGGGUGACCUCUGGCAACCCCUUUUCCCGCCGGUGCUUCUCUAAGAUAAGGCUGCGCGGCCGGCCAACCCUGCCUCUUUUAUUUAAGAUCUCCCAUCUUUAUUAUUUUUCUUUAAUCGGUCAGAACAAUGAGGGCUCAUUGCUCAGACUUUCCUAUGGAACGGCUCGGUUUCCUUUUUUGGUGCUGUGGAACAAGCCCUUCUGAACUUCGGCUGCCAAGAGGCGGGUGAGAGAGGCUGAGAGGGGUGGCUCUGAUCCAACAGCUACGAAAGCUGCAGAGCUUGUUUAGAUUUGGCAGGGAUGGAGAAGAGGGAGGGGGCUGAGAAGGAGAGUGCGGUACAGAGGCUGGGGGGGGGGCGGACUGCUUUUGCUGGACUGGAAGAGGGGGACCCAGGUUGCUGGGAGCAGGGGACAUGACCGAGGGGUAUAUAAUUGUGCACAGAUAGAGUUUAAACAAAACAUAUUAUCUUAAAACAUAUCAUCCUUGAUUCCCCCCCCCCAUUCCCUCCCAUAUAAUAACCCCCCUCCCCUCCCCCCCCCCGACUUCCCUCAGCUCCAAUCUCUGGUUUCUCUACAACUGCUAUUCUCUGCAUGUUACAAAACUGUAAUGAUCAUUAAUAUAUCUGACUGGUUAUUGUCAAUAAAAAGUUUGCGAGUGUUUAUUCAAAACCUGCCAAGGAGUCCAGUUCACCUUGUUGCAUCUUUAAAUACUUUGUAAAGGGUUCCCAUUCAUCUUUAAAGUCACAGUUAUCCUUGUCCCGUAGUUUAUGUGUCAAUUUUGCCAAUUCUGCGUAGUCCAUCAGUUUCUCUUGCCAUAGUUCUUUAGUCGGGAUUUCCUCGUUCUUCCAUCCUUGUGCUAUUAAGACUCUUGCCGCUGUUGUCACGUACAUGAAGAUAUUUUUCAACUUCCUUGGCAGGUCUUUUCCUACAAUCCCUAACAAAAAUGCUUCAGGUUUCUUAACAAAUGUUAGAUGGAACAUUUUCUUCAGUUCAUUGUAUAUCAUUUCUCAAAACUUUUUUAACUUCAUUACAAUCCCACCAUUUGUAAAUUGAGUCCCUCGCUGCUAUGGGAAAGCACGCCUUGGUUUAAGAACGCCUUGGUUUAAGAAUGGACUUCUGGAACAGAUUCAGUUCGUAAAUCAAGGUACCACUGUACUUAAUUGCUGACAUUACCCCUCAGUUCACUUUAGAUCAGGGGCAGCCAACAUGGCGGUGGUGUUAGACUCCAAAUCCCAUCAGCCCCAGCCAGCAUGAUGAAUGGUCAGGGAUCAUGGGAGCUGUAGUCCAAAGCAUAUGGAAGGCGCUACAUUGGCUAUCCUUGCCUUUUAGUGUCUUGACCAAGGGGAACAAGACUGGCAACUUUCUGUCUGUGGUGGUAGAAAACACCAGCUAACUCCCAAGGACUUGCCACUGAGCGAGUUCAACCCAUUCCAUACUGUAGUACGAAACAGCAGUUUGGCACGCAAUGCAAAAAUCCUUGAGAUGUCUUAAUGUUUACAGUCAAACCCUAGAUUCUAAAUUAAGAAGCUUUAUUAAGAGUGGAGACAAAGAGCGAAGGAAAAAAACAGAGGGGCCCCAGAUUUGAUCCCUGGUGGCUCUGGGUAGGGUGCGAAAAGACUCCUAUCAAAUCCACAGCCAGCUAUGGAUUUGCAGACAGUAGUAAGACAACAGCCAUUGGUCUGGCAAGAUGCAAUUCCACACCAUAGAUCUAAAGCACAUUCCAUGCACAUUUAGAGGACAUAGCUUCCCCCAAAGAAUUCUGGGAACUGUAGUUUAUUAAGGGUCCUGGGAAUUGUUGUUCUGUUGAGGGGCAAACUACCAUUCCCAGGAUUCUUUGGGAGAGUCAUGUGCCUUAAAGGCACAGUCUGUACGCAGCUGAAGCUUCAAAAAUGGCAGCAACCCUUUUGGGAAUUAUAGGGACAGAACUACCUAAAUUGUAUAGAAAUUUAUUUAUGUAUGCUACUAUGGCAAGAAUGUUACUCGCACAAAAAUGGAAAGAAGCAGCAGUCCCAGCAAAGGAAGAAUGGAUACAAAAACUUAUGGAAUAUGCAGAAAUGGCAACUGGAAGAAUAAGAAAUCAAGAUAACAAACUUUUUAUUAAAGAAUGGAAACGGUUGAUUGAAUAUUUACAGAUAAAUUGUAAAUGGAUAAGAACAUUGGCAGGAUUAUUGUAUUAACCUGUAGUUUGAUAAGAGUAUAUAUUUAAAGCAGAUGAAUGAGCAAAUUAAGUUAAUUUGUAUAUUCAGAAAAUACUAAAAAUAAAUUUAAAGAACCUCAGAAAGAGGGGGAAGAAAGUUGAGUUUUGAAAUAUUAAAAUGAUUGUAAAAUCAGUGAAAUGUAUAAACCUGAAAAGCAUAAAUAACAUUUUAAAAAUAAAAAUGGCAGCAACCGUCCUCAAGCUGCUUCUUUCCCUGAAAGUGAGCUAAGAUGCCACUUUGCAGGGGGCGUGUGUGUGCAAAAUUACCUCUUAUUUGUGGGAAUGUUCAGGGAUGCAGGAGAGGAUAUAUUGUUUGAUUAUAUCCUUUCCAACUUGUGUUAACAAGUUCUACAAUUUAGCAGAGUAACAUUCCCCUUUUUAAACUUGCACAGCGGAUGCAUUUGCUCGGACUCGCUAAAGCCUCUAAAAUAAGUUACCUGGUAAUUUCCCCUUUAGUCCCUCGUAAAAGGAAAUAGACACAACACAGCCUUCUAUAAAAGUAUAAAAAGAGUUUAAAGUCAUACCUUUUGUUACGUUUGCUUCAAAUUAAAUCUUUUCAGGUUGCGUCCCGCGGGGACCCAGAAAUACCGGAAAGGGUUACUUCCGGGUUUCACCACUCGCGCAGACGCUCAAAAUGACGUCACGCGCAUGCGCAGAAGUGGCGAAUAGCUCAUGUUGCAAAUGGGGCUCCGGAACGGAUCCCGUUCGCAACCAGAGGUACCACUUGUACUCACUCACUCAUUCUGUUCACAGGUGGAUCCCAGAAGGCAGACUUAAGUUACAAAAGUAAUGUACCUGCAAUCUAUCCCAUAAAGAGAUAGUCCCUUUGACCUCUCUUGGCUGGAAGCCAAGAGAGCAUCUUAGGCUAAGCUGAUGUUGCUUCUUCGACGAAUGUAGUCAGAAAGAGAGAUGGCGGCCAGUCCUAUGCUUUUGUUACCUCCACAGGUGAGGCCACGCCCACCUCUGAUCACAUGUAGGGGAAGUCUGUCCCAGCCUAGAAGGAAACAGGAAGUUCUGACUGGCUGGUCCAGACAUCCCCUUUUUAUGUCCACUCUAGGGAUGUUGUACUUGACUGCUCUGUGUUUCACAUCCCACAUUAUUCCACAAGGCUCUCUCUUCUCCUCCGCAGGCUACGACUUCCCGGCGGUGUUGCAGUGGUUUGCCGAGCGCGUGGACCUCAUCAUCCUCCUCUUUGACGCCCACAAGCUGGAGAUCUCAGACGAGUUCUCGGAGGCCAUCCGGGCCCUCAAGGGCAACGAGGACAAGAUCCGGGUGGUCCUGAACAAGGCCGACAUGGUGGAGACGCAGCAGCUGAUGCGGGUCUACGGCGCCCUCAUGUGGUCGCUGGGCAAAGUGUUCAACACGCCCGAGGUGCUGCGUGUCUACAUCGGGUCCUUCUGGUCGGAGCCCCUGAUGAUCUCCGAUAACCGACGGUUAUUUGAGCUCGAGGAGCAGGACUUGUUCACGGACAUCCAGAACCUGCCCCGGAAUUCUGCCCUGAGGAAGCUUAACGAUUUGGUCAAGAGAGCCCGUCUGGUCAGGGUGAGUACUUGGGCGGCCACAAGGUAGACAGGGAAGGUCUCAGCGGUGGCUAAGGAGAAGAAUAUCCUAGGACAACAAGGAAAUGUUCGGUAGAUCGGGGCUGGGGAAACCUGUGGCCCUCCAGAUGUUCUUGGACUCCAGCUCCCAGCAGUCAUCAAAGGUGAUGGGAGUUGUAAUAUGACAACAUCUGAAGGCACACACGUUCCCCACCUCCUGCAGCAGGUAAUGCAUUGCGAUGGGUGUCAAGUUAUGAGAAAGGAGGUUCUGACUAAACAUCAGGAAGAGCUGUCAUAGCCCUGUUCGGGUCCUGUUGCUGAUCUAGAAGGGGAUAGGAGUCUCCAAGUAACACUUGCCUGAGAGCAGAAUCCACAUAUGAAGUCAGGGGACCCAGAGGUCAGGGGAUCCAGAUGAUCACAGAGACAAGGGUCUAGAUGGAGAGCAGGAAACAGCAAGGCAGGGCCGGGAACCAUAGGCAUUGUUUCCAGCAUCUGACUGCUGCUGAGAGCUCUGCUUAAGAAGGCUGAAGCCAGCUGGUUCUCAUCAGUGCCUUCUCCUGUUCUUGAAGGCUGAUCAGCUGCGGGUGGCAUCAUUCCGCCUUCUUCUCCUUCAGGCUGCUGUUCAGCAGGUGAAGCUGACUCCUGACCCAUGACAAGAACUUUCAGCCAGUAAGAAGUGUUAGGACAGUGGAACAGACUGCCUUGGAAGGUGGUGGACUCUCCUUCCUUGAAGGUUUUUAAGCAGAGGUUGGAUGGCCAUCUGUCAGGGAUGCUUUAGUUGAGAUUCCUUCAUUGUAGGGGUUUAGAACAGAUGAACCUCUGGGUUCCUUCCAAUUCUAUGAUUCUAUUACCCAGUACAGUGGUACCUCGGGUUACAUACGCUUCAGGUUACAUACACUUCAGGUUACAGACUCUGCUAACCCAGAAAUAUUGCUUCAGGUUAAGAUCUUCACUUUAGGAUGAGAACAGAAAUUGUGCUCCGGCGGUGCGGCAGCAGCAGGAGGCCCCAUUAGCUAAAGUGGUGCUUCAGUUUCAGGUUAAGUACAGACCUCCGGAACGAAUUAAGUACUUAACCCGAGGUACCACUGUGGUUGGUCAAUGACAAUAAGCUGUUGGUCAAUGACAAUAAGAAAAUGUUCUGUUCUGAUGGUUCCCAAACUGCCCUUGUCCCCCAGAGUGCUUGAAAAUCGCUGAGGGUCUUGGCCAUGGGUGGGCAAACUAAGGCCUGGGGGCCAGAUCCAGCCCAAUUGCCUUCUAAAUCCAGCCCGCGGAGAGUCCAGGAAUCAGCGUGUUUUUACAUUAGUAGAAUGUGUCCUUUUAUUUAAAAUGCAUCUCUGGGUUAUGUGUGGGGCAUAGGAAUUCACUCAUUCCCUCCCCCCAAAAAAACUAGUCCAGCCCCCCACAAGGUCUGAGGGACCGUGGAUCGGCCCCCUGCUGAAAAAGUUUGCUGACCCCUGGUCUUGGCGGACACUUAUGAAUUUGCCUGCCUUUUGUAGCACUUAUCAUGCACUGCACUAGAUGUUGUAUGAUUUUUAAUUGUAUUUUUGCAGGCCCACUCCAGACCACCUGAAUGAUGCUCACAGGCCACUGGUGGUCCACGGACCCCAGUUUGAGAUGCCCUGUGGACCAGUUCCAUUAGGAGGAAGGGAAGUGCGGCCUCUGCCCAUUUCAGGGACACUCCAUUGCAGCCGUGAAUGCUCUGUUGCAAAACAUCCUUGGCUGGCGGUGGAACAUUCCUUUGCAAUGGAAUUGGAGGGCAAAUAGGCAUUGUGUCUUGAGAUGGUUUUGCUGGGUUGUGAAAGGCGAAUGAUCCCAAAGGGAGAUCUGUUGCAGGCAGGGAUCUUCUCCAACAGGAGAAUGCGGCAUGCACUCCCGCCAGGAGAAAUGUCCCAUUGCAAUGGGGGUAGGUGCAGCAGCGGAGCUGGGGUAGGAAUUCUGUUUUUUUUUAAAAUAAUAUUUAUUGAUUUUCCAACAAUUUGAACACAAUAGAACAGAAAAAACAAAAAUUCUGUUGUAGUCACCUGUAGGAUACAGUCGCAUUGAAAUGGGACUGGAAAGGAGAACAGGAAUUGCCCACUGAGGGAACUUCAGGUUGCAAGAGACCGUGAUACGGGUAUGUUGUGUGAAUGAAUGGCACAAGGGAGGUUAUUCUUAAAGUGUUCCACUGAGGUGAGGCUUGAAGGAAGAGCAAGCAUUAUCCCAUUUGAACAGCCCAGUGUGUGUGUGUGUGUGUGUGAGAGAGAGAGAGAGAGAGAGAGAGAGAGAGAGAGAAUACAGCGGUACCUCGUGUUACAUACGCUUCAGGUUACAUACGCUUCAGGUUACAUACGCUUCAGGUUACAUACGCUUCAGGUUACAGACUCCGCUAACCCAGAAAUAUUACCUCGGGUUAAGAACUUUGCUUCAGGAUGAGAACAGAAAUCGUGCUCCGGCGGCGCGGCAGCAGCAGGAGGCCCCAUUAGCUAAAGUGGUGCUUCACGUUAAGAACAGUUUCAGGUUAAGAACGGACCUCCGGAACGAAUUAAGUACUUAACCCGGGGUAAAAGGUAAAGGGACCCCUGACCAUUAGGUCCAUUAGGUCCAGUCAUGAUCGACUCUGGGGUUGCGCCGCUCAUCUCGCUUUAUGGCCGAGGGAGCUUCCGGGUCAUGUGGCCAGCAUGACUAAGCCGCUUCUGGCGAACCAGAGCAGCGCACAGACACGCCAUUUACCUUCCCGCCGGAGUGGUACCUAUUUAUCUACUUGCACUUUGACGUGCUUUCGAACUGCUAGGUUGGCAGGAGCAGGGACUGAGCAACAGGAGCUCACCCCGUCACGGGGAUUCAAACCGCCGACCUUCUGAUCGGCAAGUCCUAGGCUCUGUGAUUUAACCCACAGUGCCACCCGCGUCCUUAACCCAAGAUACCACUAUAUUAAUGACUGCAGAACUGUUGGCCAGUGUGGUAAUUUCCCAUUGCAACCAGGGAUAGGUGGAGAUGGCAAGCAUUACUGAAUGGAAGGAUAUUCCAGCGUUGCAGACAUGUUUGUGACUGAAGGAAGGGCUUGGCUGAUGCUCUACACAGUGAGAAAAUACGGAGUUUUAAUGGGGUUGUUGGGAGAAGACAUGCAAUGGCAGGCUUUACCCAUCUGGCUAAUGCCCCAGAUGCAUUACUGAACUUCUCUUCACCCUGAGGAUGGACUCCCAUGCCGUGCUUCAUCCUACAAGUGCCCUCCUUCCGCUGUCUCCAACUACACCGCUUUUCCUUUUUGAAAGGAUUGACCUUAAGUAAUACGAUCACACUUGCAGAGGGGCCCUUCCACUAAACCACCCCCAUUCCCCUUUUUCUCCGUCGCAGGAGACCGCGGAUUGUCCCGACGCCCAGUUUUUAAUUGCUGCUUUUCCUGUUCUCCCGAGCAAUUGGGAAGGGACUUUAUUGCGCCUCCCCCACUGAACAAUGGCCCCGUCCCCGCAGAGGAAGCCCGCAUUGUGCUUCAGGGUACAAUGUGUUUAUGGGCUCGACCACCCCUUUCCUAUUUCCCAACGCUUCCCUCUGUGUUUUGCUCUGGUUUUCUCGUUAAGCACGUUCCUGAUGAGGUGGCAUCUUCCGCCGUCUUAAUUAGAUGAAUGACGCCGCCUCGUUUCUCUCUUCUAAGGCCUGUUGCUCUGGGUACACAGAGUAGCGGAGAUGGGUAGAAGCCUCACCCAAAGAUCCAUCCUAGCCAUAGAUCAAAUCCUGGCUCCCACUUCUCACAAACAGCAGUAGCUAUUUAUUUUUUUAAUAAAUUUUUAUUAGAUUUUCCACAGUGAUAACACAAACCACAAAGCAAAAUGAUGCACAAAAACAGAAAAAGAAAAAAGAAAGGGGGAAAGGGGGGGGACAAUAAACAGAUAAACAAUAACAACAAACUUAAUUCUUCACAAAUCCAACCUUUCAAACAUCUUGGUUGACUUCCUCAAAUCCCUCCCUUCUGAGUUUCCUUGUAAUUAAAGGUAACAGCUUUCCAAUAUCAUUAUUAAACUAAAACAAUUUCCAAUUAUAGUCCAUCUUAUUCACUUUUCUUAACAUUCUAUAUCCCAUUUAUUUAAUUAUAACUUAAUUUAAUCCUAGGCCCAUUUGUUUCUUUCAAGUAAUUUAUAAUUUUUUAUAUUACAAUAUUUGUUCAAAUAGUCCUUGAAUUUCCUCCAGUCCUCUUGAAACUCCUCUUCUUUCUGGUCGCGGAUUCUUCCAGUCAGGUCAGCUAGCUCCGAAAAGUCCAUCACCUUCAUCUGCCAAUCUUCCACUGUUGGCAGUGCUUGUGUUUUCCAGUCUUUAGUAAGUAAUAUUUGGGCGGCCGUUGUGGCAUACAAAAAUAAUUUAACAUCUUUCUUGGGCAAUUCUAAACCUGUUAUUCCAAGAAGAAAGGCCUCUGGUUUCUUAAUAAAUGUAUAUUUCAACAUUUUCUUUCAGUUUAUAAAUCUUCUCCCAGAAGUCUUUCACCUUGGGAUAUCCACCACAUAUGGAAAAAAGUACCUUCUUUUUCUUUACAUUUCCAACAAAGGUUAUCACUAUUGUGAUAAAUCUUUGCUAGUUUUACAGGGGUCAAGUACCAUCUAUACAUCAUCUUCAUAAUGAAGUUGGUCCCUUACCUUUCCCGCCCUGACCUGGCCACAGUGAUCCAUGCAACGGUCAUCUCCAGGCUUGACUACUGUAAUUCGCUCUACGCGGGGCUGCCCUUGAAGCUGUCCCAGAAACUCCAGCGGGUGCAGAAUGCUGCAGCGAGGCUCCUCACGGGGUCUCUGCCAUGGGAGCAUAUUCAGCCAGUGCUUUUCAAGCUACACUGGCUCCCGGUGGAGUACAGGGUCAGAUUUAAGGUGCUGGUCUUGACCUUUAAAGCCCUUCACGGCCAAGGACCCUCGUACCUACGGGACCGCCUCUCCCGGUAUGCCCCACGGAGAGCCUCAGGGUCCAUAAAUAACAACACCCUAGUGGUCCCGGGCCCUAAGGAAGUCAGAUUGUCUUCAACCAGAGCCAGGGCCUUUUCAACACUGGCCCCUGCCUGGUGGAACGCUCUCUCUCAUGAGACCAGGGCCCUGCAGGAUCAGAUUUCUUUCCGCAGGGCCUGUAAGACAGAGUUGUUCCGCCUGACCUUUGGCUUGGAGCCAAUUUGAUUCCCUCCCUCCCUCUCUUUCUUUUUUCUUUUCCUUCUCCUCCUGCGAUGAGGCUACAUUUUAAUAUUUUAAUGUUCCAUUAUUUUAAUGUUGUAUUUUAUUUUUGUUUUUAAGUUGUAAUCAUUCAUCUUGUUUUUAUUAUUGCUUGUAAGCCGCUCUGAGCCUGGCCUUGGCUGGGGAGGGCGGGGUAUAAAUAAAAAAUUAUUAUUAUUAUUAUUAUUAUUAUUAUUAUUAUUAUUAUUAUAUCUUCCUUUAACAUUGUACAUGCAGUGAACCUAACCCCUUUCCUCCAUAACCGCUCCCAGUCCUCCAUCAUUAUAUUAUGUCCCACAUCUCUUGCCCAAUCAAUCAUAACCAAUUUAACUUGUUCAUCCUUUGUAUGUCACUCCAACAGCAGUAGCUAUUUUUUGACCCAUCAGAAAGACAGUCUUUUAGCAAGCCAGGCAUGGGUCUGAGUCCCUGAAGGCUGCUCCAUGGGGGUGGGGGGGGGCACUGUCCUACCAAACUCAGCCUGCCUGCAGCCAGCCCCACACCUCUCUGCCCUCUUGCUUUUGACCAAUCCAGAGAGUAGCGCAGCCUGUCAUCUUCUCCCUCCUCUGUUUCAGUAGAAAUUGGCAGAGAAGAUGGGUACCAAUCUAGAAUCAGCUGCUUCUGCCUGUCACUGGCACUGACUCCAACUGCUGUUGGCAUCCCUGCCUUCCGCCCUACCAUUGCCAAGAUACGAGAGGGAAGGAGCGACCCACUUUUUCUGGUUUGGGUCCUGUCCGCACUCAGUUUUGGACACAGCCUAACCCACUUACGUUGUGUCGCUAUCCACUGCUGGCGUGCAGUUGCCAACAGAUUAAUUCCAAGGGAACACGGCCUUUGAAAGAAAACAACAACAAACCACUAUUGUAAGGAUGGUGAGGUGAUGGGUGUUGGAUUCCAACUCCCAUCAGCCCCAGUCAACAUGGUAAGUCCAAACUGCAGUCCAAAAUAACUGCAGGGCGCCUGGUUGGGGAAGGCUGAUUCCUGCAUUGCAGGGGGUUGGACUAGAUGACCUUUGGGGUGCCUUCCAACUCUACAAUUCUAUGAUUCUAUGUUUCUGUGAUACACGGGAAGCACUCUGAACGCCUGAAGGCUAUGUAUAGACCUGGUAAGUGCCCCUACCUGCGGGACCAGAGAUUCUCAGAGGACUGGAGUAAAUAUAUGAAUUAUUUGAAAAGCAAUUGUAGUCAACAGAUUACGCUAGUAGGAUUGCAAGAAGUUUUGUAAGGAGGAUUAUGCGAAUUAUUGCAGAGAAAACCAUGAUAAGAAUUAUUAGUGAAGGAGUAAUACUGAAAAUUAUGAAAUGCAGAUUAAGUGAAAAGCUUGGAAAAUCUUCAGAUGCAGUUGAUGGAAGUCCAAAACAUUGCUAUAAGAUAAGAAUGUAUGUUAUAUGAUUUUUGGAAAUUAUCUGUAAAAACUAAUAUGUGUGUGUGUGUGUGUGUGUGUAAGUGUAAGUGUAAGUGUAAUUGCCCUUACUAAAUUACUUAAUUCUUAACUGGUUAACAUCCCUAAUUUUCAUAUUAUAAUAAUAACUUUUUUUAAAAAAAAUAAUAUUUAUUAUUUUUCCAAAAACUUAAACACUAAAAAGAAGAAAAACAAUACAAUACAACACAUCAAAUUAACAAAACAAGACAAAGACAAUAAGAUAAAUCAAACAAUUUCAUUAUCCCAUCUUUCAUUCACUUAUUUCCACGACCUCCUCACACCUCCCUUUUUGUAUUCCACUUCUGUUAAUUAUUUCAGCAAUUCCUUUCCAUCUUCCUCUGUUUUCUAUCCUAUAACUCAUUCUAACCUUAUUUUUUCCUUUAAUGCUCUGUUAACCUAUCUGUACUUAGUUCCUUAUAAUAUUUCUACUAAAGCCAUAUAACUUCAUUCCAACAUUUCUCUAGCAUUCAUUAAUUUUACAAUAUUUCUGUAGAUAGUCUUUAAACUUUUUCCAAUUUUCUUCCACCGACUUUUCUCCCUGGUCUCGGAUUCUGCCAGUCAUUUCCGCCAGUUCCAUCAUAUUAUAAUAAUAACUUACACAGUACUGUGUGGGAUCCUCAUCUGACAGCAUCACCACAUCUUAGAAUAAUGUUUUGGAUGGGCACCUCUGGCCAGCGGAAGAUUUGGAGGGACGAGAGGGCACAUGGUCACAUCUCCUUUGGCCCUGGAUAAUUGGCUGCUUGCUGCUUGCUUAAAUGGCCUCCCCAAAUCUGCCACCUAGAGUGGUUUGCCUCACCUUGUCCAACGACAGGGCCGGCCCACGUUUCAGCUCCUUAAUGUCCCCCUCUGUCGGCAUACAUAGCUGACUUAGGUCAUGUCCGCACUGUGCAUUUAAAGCGCUCUUAUAGCAUUUCAACAGUCAUGGCUUCCUCCAGCGAAUCCCAGGAGCCAUAGUUUGUUAAGGGGGCUGGGAAUUAUAGUUCUGAGCGGCUAAACUACAGCUCCCAGGAUUCUUUGAGGGAUGUGACUUGGAAAUAUGGGAAGCCGCUGCCGUGAUUUGCCCUUAGAAAACACUGCACAGAUUAAUACUAGCCAAUCUAUUCCAGCAGCAAGGAGGUAUCCCUCCUUCUGCCGGCUCCUCCAUCUCUCUCUCUCUCUCUCUCUCUCUCUCUCACACACACACACACAGAGAGAGAGAGAGAGAGAGAGAGAGAGAGAUUAGCAGAUUAUUUACAAGGUUCUUCAGUUCAGUUGCCUAGAAAAUGAGCUAGCAGUUACCCAAAAGUUCAGGAAGCUUCUGUUUUUGCCCCCAGAUUUCUCAGCCUUAUCUUUUCCUGUCACCUGUAAGGAUGGGUUUGUAUUACAAGGACCCUCCAGUGGCAAUUUCCUCCUGGCUUUGGAAAAAGAAAAUAACACAAACCCACAAAAAACAGCUGGGUGGCUGUACAAGGAAGGAUGUCAAGGCCUCUGCAGCAAAUUUUUCUCCAGUGUCAGGCACACCAACCCUGGAGUUGAGUGAGGACUGAGGACACGUCCAGACAGCACCCUUAUUUGGGGGGGGGGGGUUUCAGUCACAUGCUGGCAAAUUCAGGCUGCACGAUUGAAGCUGAUUUGGGGCUCCUGAGCAGCAAACCUUCCCACUAAAAAUCAGACUUUUGGCAAGGAGGGAAGUGUGGAAUGAUAGCGCUUGCUUUGACCCAACAUACUCACUGUGUCUUUAAAGCACACAUGACUCCCCCCCCCAAAAAAAAAGAAUUCUGGGAAGUGUAGUUCAAUAAUAAUAAUAAUAAUAAUAAUAAUAAUAAUAAUAAUAAUUAAUUUAUACCCUCCCCUCCCCGGCCAGGGCUGGGCUCAGGGCGGCUAACACCGAAUAUAAAUUACAAUACAACAUAAUAGAAAAAAGAAAAAAAACAGUUAAUUAAAAUACAGCUUAAAAUAUAGCUUAAAAUGCAACCUCGUUUUAGUAGUAGCCCAUAAAUCAAGACCAUAAAGGGAGGAAACAUCAGAUAUUCACCCGAGCCAGCUAUCCAGGCUGAUUAUACAUGGGCCAGCAAAAAAGCCAAGGGAAAAUUUAUAUACCAAAUCCCAUAUAAGGGGUCAGAGUGAGUCCAAGCUGGAGGCCAGGUGGAACAGCUCUAUCUUGCAGGCCCUGUGGAAAGAUGUCAAAUCCCGCAGGGCCCUGGUCUCUUGUGACAGAGCGUUCCACCAGGUCGGGGCCAGUGCUGAAAUGGCCCUGGCCCUAGUUGAGACCAAUCUAACCUCCUUGAGACUCGGGACCUCCAAAGUGUUGUUAUUUAUGGACCUUAAGGUCCUCCUCGGGGCAUACCAGGGUGCUGAGAAUUGUAGGGCCCGAUAUCCUUUGCGGGAGAGCCCAUGUGCUUUAACUUUGCGGUGCGUCUGCAGCUAUUAAAAUCCUUUCCCUGCAAACUAAAUCAGGAUGAAUGCUCAGUCAACAGAUUUCAAAGAAUUGCGGGGCUGGAAAGGACCAUGAGGGUCAUUUAGUCCAACCCCCUGCAAUGCGGGACUUUUCCUGCUAAAGAUCGAAGGCUGAAAUAGCAUUGAAAUGGGAUGAUGUUAUAAUUGCCCACUCACACCACCGUGAGCACAAAUAAUCGUUGUUGUUGUUGUUUAGUCAUUUAGUCGUGUCCGACUCUUCGUGACCCCAUGGACCAGAGCACGCCAGGCACUCCUGUCUUCCACUGCCUCCCGCAGUUUGGUCAAACUCAUGCUGGUAGCUUCGAGAACACUGUCCAACCAUCUCGUCCUCUGUCGUCCCCUUCUCCUUCUGCCCUCCAUCUUCCCCAACUUCAGGGUCUUUUCCAGGGAGUCUUCUCUUCUCAUGAGGUGGCCAAAGUAUUGGAGCCUCAGCUUCAGGAUCUGUCCUUCCUGUGAGCACUCAGGACUGAUUUCCUUCAGAAUGGAUAGGUUUGAUCUUCUUGCAGUCCAUGGGACUCUCAAGAGUCUCCUCCAGCACCAUAAUUCAAAAGCAUCCAUUCUUCGGCGAUCAGCCUUCUUUAUGGUCCAGCUCUCACUUCCAUACAUCACUAGCACAAAUCAUCAAGGAUGCACAAUUAGAAAGGACCCUCGCUUUAUCCAUUUCUGAUCAGAGGCCCAGGACAGGAUUUUACAACCUGGCUCCUGGCUCGCUCUUUGCGGACGUUUCCUCUGCUCAUCUCUCUCCCGCAACCCCUGCAUCCUGUCUUGCCUGGGCUUCUGAGCCUUCUCACGCCCCAGACGUCAGCCGCUUCAGCUUGGCUGCCACCUCAAGGGUUGAUGAGCCGAGCCAACGACGCGGAGAUUUCCUUAUUCUCCAGACAAUGAGCUGCGCUGCUUUGCACAGGAAAGUCCUGAGCCAUAAAUCCAGCCGGUGGUUGGGGAAGCGAGCCCAGGGAAUCUAUCUUCUAGCCAGAAGUCCAGAACUGCAAAGCCUGCUUUGGGCUGCUCUCAAAUGCUAGAAACUUCUUCAGUGCUGCAUCGCUCAAGUCCUGGAAAGAACACGAUCAGUUUUCGUGUGCACCAAGUUGGGGAAAGCUGGUAACGCUUUUGUUGGAAGCCUGAAGAUAGCAUUCAAAAGUGGUCCGUGACUUCUACCACCUCAAGCUUCCUGGCCCUGUAAAAACACCUUUUCCUGGAAAGAACACCCUGCCUAGCACAAGUCCAGGAUAUCUGCUUUGGCACAUCUUUCUUUCCCCACCUACUGCCUUGACUUCUUUCUGCAUCCUCCUCCUCUUUCUUCAGCACCAAAAUGCUCUGCCUGACAUCACUUAACCUUUUGCUUGUCUCCAUGCUCCCCACUUGGAGGGCCUGCGGACAUUCCAUGACAUCACGACAGCUCGGCCACUCAGGGCCGGUCCUACCGUUCGUCAGAGUAAGGCGGCAGGUGCCAGUGUGUGUGUGCACAGCUAAACAAUGUUGGAGGGCAGUCGCUAGGUGUGUGCUGCAAAGCCUGCCCUGCUUGCCCUAAGCCAGCCUGCAACCCUCAGACGUGGUGGAGGACAGGUUCCUGUCAUCAGUGCUGAAGGAACCUCCUCCUGCCAGCUUGAUCAGCUUUUGAGCAUGGAAUAGGAGGCAGCGCUAUCUUAGCCUCAGGUGGCCAAAAAGCUUGGGCCAGCCUUGCAACCAGUGGCGAGUAAGGAGCAGGGGGCGAGGGAGUGUAUCUUUUUUUGGGGGGGGGAAAUAUAUUGAGGUUUUCACAUUACAAUAGGGGAGGAAAACCCAAACUAAUCCACAGGAAAUAAAGAAAAGAAAGAUACCGAAGAAAGAAGGAACAGAAAAAAGCUACAAGAUACUCCCUCAGCAAAUAAUAAUAAUAAUAAUAAUAAUAAUAAAUUUUAUUUAUACCCCGCCCUCCCCGGCCAGAGCCGGCCUCAGGGUGGCUAACACCAAUAAAAUCACAGUAAAAACAUAAUGGGGGGAACAAUUUAAAAUACAAGUUAAAAUGCAAUUUAAAAUGCAGCCUCAUUUUAAAAGUAGCCGAUAUCUUAACUUUGAUCCUGAACAGGGGGGUUGUAUCCAAGAUUAGUCAGAGCAGACCCAUCAAAAUAGCCACAGCUCCCAUAAAUUUUGAUGGGCAGUAUCCAAUGCAUUCAUAUUAUUAUUAUUAUUAUUAUUAUUAUUACUAUUAUUAUUAUUUAUUACUUAUAGCCUGCCCAUCUGACUGCGUUGCCCCAGCCACUCUGGGCAGCUUCCAACACAAUGUAAAAACAUAGCCAGACAUUAGAUAUUAAAAAUUUCCCGAUACAGGCUGCCUUCAGAUGUCUCCAGAAAGUUGUGUAGCUGUUUAUCUCCUCGACAUCUGACGGGAGGGCGUUCCAUGGGGUGGGUGCCACUACUGAGAAGGCCCUGUGCCUGGUUCCCUGUAACUUCACUUCUCGCAGUGAGGGAACUGCCAGAAGGCCCUCGGAGCCAGACCUCAGUGUCCAGGCUGACCAAUGGGCUUGGAGACACUCCUUCAGGUAUACAGGGCCGAGGCCUUUGAAUGCAUGGUGUGAAUGUGGCCUGACAGACACAUGUGCUGCUCUUAAGAGCCAAUCUUCAUAAGCUGCUGCUUCGGUCCACCCAGGUUCAUGCUCACAUCAUCAGCCACCUGAAGAGAGAGAUGCCGUCCGUUUUUGGCAAGGACAACAAGAAGAAAGCGCUGAUCGCCAAGCUGCCCGUCAUCUUCGCCAAGAUCCAACUUGAGCAUCACAUCUCGCCGGGCGAUUUCCCCGACUGCAACAAGAUGCAGGUGAGGGCAGUUUCCUCGUCUCCCAUCGCACUCAUCUGAAGCAGCCAUGAUAGGCAAAACAACAAAGGUUUCCCUGUACUGUACUAGAUCCCAUCUCCUUAAUUUUUUUGCCAUGGUCCUCACUUCAGGAUCAGGGGUAGAGAAUCUGUGUCCCUUCCAAUGUUGCUGGUGGUGUGCAGGCAGAAUCCUCACCUAGUUUAAUUGGCUGCUUGGAUGCAGAGAAGUGGAGGGAGGCACCAGCUGGGGAACCCCCAGGGGAAGAAGGCUCAGAGCCAGGGGGUGACAAUGAGUGGCCUGAGGGAGAAGACAGGGAAGAGGAAGUGUGGGGAGCUGAAGAGCUAACAGGGUUUAGUGAGCGGGAAGAGGCUGUGGCAGAGAGCAGUCCAGAAUCAGAGGCAGAAGCAGAGGCUGGAGAGGCAGAGAUGUGUCAGGCUGUUGAAGAAGCCAGGGGGUCUCCCCCUCCUUCUGAAACACGCUCCCCUCCUGGUCUCCCAGAACCAGAAGAGGCAUGAAGAGGGCAGAGGAGAAGUUAGCUUCAUGCAGGCACAGUCUCAGAUUGCUUGGGGAAAGCCCUGGAGAGGAGGGGACUUAGGCAGCUGUGAGAAGGCCUUCACUCUCAGCAACUGCUUCAUGUGGGCAAGACCUACUGGAGACCUACUGGCACUCCUGUGCAGAUCCUGUUUUUGCUAAUAGUUAACUCUGACUUAAGGGAUGCGGGUGGCGCUGUGGUUUAAACCACAGAGCCUAGGACUUGCUGAUCAGAAGGUCGGCAGUUUGAAUCCCCAUGACGGGGUGAGCUCCCGUUGCUCGGUCCCUGCUCCUGCCAACCUAGCAGUUCGAAAGCACAUCAAAGUGCAAGUAGAUAAAUAGGUACCGCUCUGGCGGGAAGGUAAAUGGUGUUUCCGUGCGCUGCUCUGGUUCACCAGAAGCGGCUUAGUCAUGCUGGCCACAUGACCCGGAACCUUCGGCCAAUAAAGCAAGAUGAGCGCCACAACCCCAGAGUCGGCCACGACUGGACCUGAUGGUCAGGGGUCCCUUUACCUUUAACUCCGACUUGCUCAGUGUGAUUUACUGCUGGCUCGCUCCUGUCACCCAGCUUCGGGGGGGUUCAGCAUCACUUAAUGUAUAUAGAAUAUAGCAUUGUAUUCAAGCAGGCAGGAGUGCCACAGGGCUAGUCCCAUAAGCUAUGCCACUUCCCCCUCUCCCAAUUCUUUCUAGGAGAUGCUCAUGGUGCACGACUUCACCAAAUUCCACGGGCUGAAGCCGCGCAUGGUGGAUGCUUUGGAUGAGCUGCUGACGCUGGACAUUGCCAAGCUGAUGCCGCUCCUGCGCCAGGAGGAGGUGGAGGUCCCCGAGCAGAUUGUGCACGGCGGUGCCUUUGAGGGCACCCGCAACGGCCCCUUCAUUGAAGGAGCGACCGAGGGGGCCUACGAGGGCAUGGACGACGACGAGUGGGUAGUGACCAAGGACAAGCCCAAAUACGACGAGAUCUUCUACAACCUGUCCCCUAUGGACGGCAAGCUGAGCGGCACCAAAGCCAAGAAUUGGAUGGUCACCACCAAGCUGCCCAACUCCGUCCUCGGCAAGAUCUGGAAGCUCAGCGACGUCGACCGCGACGGCAUGCUGGACGACGAGGAGUUUGCUCUUGCCAGCCACCUCAUUGAGGUCAAGCUGGAGGGCCACGGCCUGCCCUCCGACCUGCCCCGCCACCUGGUGCCGCCCUCCAAGCGUCGGCAGAAGGGGUCGGCAGAGUAAGGAAUCUCCCCAAGCUGGCCUCCAUUCCUACGCCAAGGCUUGAACUGCUCCAGUAGGCCUUGGUUUGGCUCCGACUUUUCAUUUUCCACCCCUAUCUGGCUCAAAGCCCUCGUGAAAGCCUCGUUCUCCCACAGCAUGGCAGAUCCCGCUUCCUGCUCCCUCCUUCAAGCCAGUCACCACUUCUGCCUUCUUCUUCGUCCCUACUGGACUCAAAAGAAAACUAGAAAAGUUCCAGUCCGCUCCAGCAGGCUUCAGUUCCUCACGUAGGCCUUAGUCUUCCAAGCAUCGUUUCAACUACUUCAGUUGGUAUCAUAUUCCAGGUUUCCACUUCCUUCUCCCAGGCCUAGUUGGGCUGGUGGCUGUUGGCCCUCACACGUGCCAGACUUUUCCAGGAGGUCUUCCUUUCUCAGAAAAAGGGCUUCCUACAGCAAUGCGGCAAUAGUUAUCUCACACUUGAGCUACCUGCUUUCUUGGCACCAGCUUCGGACUGUUCUCUUGCCGCUCGCAAACGAAGAGAACCUUGACCCAAGAAUCCUGACCUUUUUUCACUGGGUCUUGGCCUUGUUGCCAGCUCAGGCUCCAAUGUGUGCCCUUCUCAUUCCUCUGGUUCCAUUAGAAACCUUCUCUACGUUGAACUUCCCUAGCUGGACACCUCAAGGCUGCUCGGGGACAUUAUUCCGGCAGGGCCUUAUGGACAGCGACGGUCGAAGGUUUCCUUGGUGGCGUUGCUGCCGCCAUUACUCCUUGCCGGACUCCAUCAGUCGGGGGGCGACGUGAGGCAGGAGUGAAGGAAGACCGGCAAGGGAAAGGACAGAAACAUCAGUCCACACUCAGGUCCACGUGCAAACCUGACCAGGAAGCCUUUAAAGAAAUCAGGGAGAGGGUAUCCAUUGACCCACCCUGGCCUACUGCCACCAGUAGGCUUGGUUCAACUACAGUGUCCACCUUUUGGAGCAAGGUUCACAGAAUGAAUGCUCACCUAGCAACCCUUACAUGCCCAGAGUACAGGACCCUCUAGGGAAGGGCUAUAGCUCAGUGGUAAGGAACCCGCUUUGCAUGCAGAAGGUCCCCGGCAUUUCCAGGUGAGGCUAAAGAAAUGGAUGGGGCUUGUCAUUUCACAGAUAGUGUUGAUGGAAGAAGAGAGCUUUGCCUGGGUUUCUUUUCCAUCCUCGCAAGUGAAAAUUAUGCCUUGGGUGUUUGUUGGCUUGGGAAGGCAAAGUAGAAACCAUGGGCUAGAUAGAUAAACCGAGUUAAAAGAAUUCCCUUAUUUCCCAUUGGAGAGGUGCCCUUCACAGCGAGAGCCUGCCUGGAAUGUGCAAAUCCCUCAGGGAAAGCAAGGAGAGUUGGGCCAGCAGGAGACCAGCAGAUGUUGGAAGUGCCUCCUGGCACCAUGCCCCCCGGGUGGCAGAGAAUGCUUGAGGCGGUGGCGCUUCAAAUCCAGCCUUUGAGAUGGCCCUCUUUGCAGACCAGGGAGGCAAAAGCGUCUUCCACCUGGAGAUGGGAUUAAGAGCGCUCGCCUCAAUGCAACAGGCAUUUCCCCCAACCACCCCACCUUCGGGGAAGACGUUGGCAGAAGCAAGAGCUUCUUAGGAGCCCCUUCCCAAGUGUUAUGGGAUGGAAGCUCCUACACAGGAACAAGCCACCAACCUGGGUGGCUUUAAAAGAGGAGUAGACAAAUUCAUGGAUGAUAACGCCGUCCAUCCCCAUCAGCCAUUAUGGCUGUUGCCACCUCCCAAAUCGGCAUCCGGUUGGCCACUGUGAACCCAAGAUGGCCCACUGAACCAGAUCCAGCAGGACUCUUCUGAUCCUCUUAGCAAGCUCUGCUUCAGCCCACAUUUGCUGGGUUCAAGCCAAAGCCGGCCCUACCAGUAGGCAAGAGGCGGAAACCUGGCCUUCACGUUCACAGGCCAGAUUUCGGGUGGGUACCACUGAAAGGCGUCGUCAUUUGCUCUGUUUGUCGUUAAACAUUUUGUCAUGCCUGAGGGAGGCUGCUGCUCUGUUUUCUCUGUCUCAGAAAACCAAAUGCCUUGGAGCCUUCUCUGGGCUCAAGCAGGGUCGUUCCCUACGGAGGCCUGCGACACGGUGAGGAAGUUGCUGCCGUCCCAUCCACUCCUCAAAAGCCUCUGCUGGUUUUUGAGAAACCACACCCCAAUUGCUCUGGCUGCCUGUUUGUGCUGACUACUGAAAUAGCCUCCAUUCCUAGGCCUGAAUACUGCUGGAGGCCACACCCCAAGCUCUCCUGGGAUUUAGCUUCCUCCAAACUUCAUGCUUUUUCUACUGGCCAAAGGCCAAGUAGAGGCCUGAGUUGACCUCACAGCCAAGAAGAUCUCCAUCCAUUUGCAAGGGUGAGGUGGUUGAGAAAGUUGAAUAAGGGCUGAUGACCAGAUGGGCAGUCUAUGGCUUGAGGCUUACAUUGGAAUAAGGCACCUCAAGUUAGGAAUCGGGGCGCAAUCUGCUUCAGCUUGCACUGAUGAACUUACCUACCUAAUCCGCAUGCCCCAAAACAAUAUGCAAACCAAAAACACAGCCACCCUUUGAAAUUUGCACUUUUCUGUUCUAUAGCCAAAUAAAAAGAUGAAUGUGUUAGCAGAGACGCGCUUAGAAAUGCAUAUAUUGCUGAAAUUAACACACAAGACUUAUUUAUAUCGGGGGAAGUUGCUUGCAAAACAACUGCGCUGGCUUGGCCUGGUGGGAGUUGUAGUCCAAAACACCCAGAGGGCACCAGGUUGGCGAUGGCUGCAAUUAUGCAAUUAACAUGGCACGGGGGUUUUGUGUUGCGAUUUCGAGAGGGCUGUCUGAGUUACCCGUCUGUCGCACCAAAAGCAAAGGCAGAAUAUUGCACCACACUUUAAGACCAACUAAUGUUGUUAUGGCACAAGCCUUUCUGGAAUCAUGAAUUUGUGAGUCUCUAAGGGACGCGGGUGGCGCUGUGGGUUAAACCACAGAGCCUAGGACUUGCUGAUCAGAAGGUCAGCGGUUCGAAUGACGGGGUGAGCUCCCGUUGCUCGGUCCCUGCUCCUGCCAACCUAGCAGUUUGAAAGCACAUCAAAGUGCAAGUAGAUAAAUAGGUACCGCUCUGGCGAGAAGGUAAACAGCAUUUCUGUGCGCUGCUCUGGUUUGCCAGAAGCGGCUUAGUCAUGCUGGCCACAUGACCCGGAAUCUGUACACCAGCUCCCUUAGCCAGUAAAGCGAGAUGAGCGCCGCAACCCCAGAGUCGGCCACGACUGGACCUAAUGGUCAGGGGUCCCUUUACCUUUAAGGUGCCACAAGGCUCUUGUGUAAAUUCCAUCCAUUGGGAAGCCUGAGCAGCCCCACCCAGCCCAGCCCCAGCCUUUAUCGUGCUCCCCUCCAGCCCACUUCCCCACCACCACCAGCUGCUUUUUAUGUAAUGAAAACCAUGUGCAUUAAUUGCUUUCAUGCAAUAAAAUUUUCUGUCUUGAUUGGUCCUCAAUCUGUGCAUUAGCAGUGCCAAAGUUUUGCAUUUUUAUUAUCCUAACACUGUGCCUUAGGCUCACCCUCUUACAAGGCAUCAUAGCUGCAUUUCUACCCAAGCAGCACCCUGGAUCUCUUCUGCAACUGAUAGGAAGCCUGCCCUUUGGUGCUAGCUCUGAUCCGAGGGCCCUCUUUCGUAAUUCUGUCCAGACCUCACUCCCAUGCCCUGCACCUCUGCAAGCCUUUUCCCUUGCUGAGAAGACCAAAGCAGUGUUCUGCCCACACUUGAUGCUUCCAAGAUGCUCCUUUUGACCUGGGAGCAUGUCAUAAUGACCCCGUCUAGAACAUAUACCUGCUUUGGGUUGUUGGGGUUUCUACUAUCCUGGCUUCCCUGCAAAGGACGCUGCAGGUUGCUUAGGGUGCUGAGAAUUAUCUCCUUAAAGAGCCUGUCGCAGACCUGCAGUUCCCAGGGGGAGAGGAAGUGACAGGUAAACCAGUUCAAGCCUGUUGUGUAGACGUGGCCUCUGUGUCUCAGUCAGUAGGACUAAAACCGGAGAACCGGCCAUAGAGACAAGUAGGGGAUGCAUGGUUCCCCAUCCUCUUUCUUAGGUGCUGCAGAGCAGCUUGGCAGCUAACUCCACAAUGGUUUUCCGGAGGACUGUGAAGCAUUCCCUGGCAGGGCUGUGCAUGUUCCAUGUUGCAAAUUAAUGAUUUGCACAUUCAGUCUUUGGAAUAUAUUGCGCCACACACUGAAGAGCUUACGCCAUGGGUGAGCAACCCUUCAACGUUAUAAUAUCUUUACAACUAUUACAGGAAUUGUAAAGGAUGCUUGUCCCUGCAGUGUUAUCCAAAUCUUUAGACCUUUGAGCCAGAGCUUCUGGGUUGUUUUCCCCGUGCUGCAAUUAAACAUGUAGAUGUUCUGAUACUGAAAGGUUGUCCCCCCUUGACCUAAAUAUUGGCUGCCAGCUGUCUGCGAGCCCCCUCAAGUACCUUGGCUGAGCUGCUGUGAUGUCACAGAAUGUGCGUGAUCAUUAGUGGUUAGAGGGGGCUAUUUACAAUUUACGUGGUUCUUAUGAGAAAGAUGUCUGCUUCUGUGGAAAGAGUUGUGGGAAUGAGGUUCAGAGGAGAUGUUGAUUCCACCUAUUGCUUCAACAUAACAAGUCUUCUCUGCAAGUUUCUAAUGAUGUAUAUUUGCAUAUGCUUCCAUACUUUCCCCUCCUGCUAAUUGAUUUUUCCCCCUCCCUCCCAAAUCAUUGGAGUUCAAAAGAAGUACAGUGGUACCUCGAGUUAAGAACUUAAUUCGUUCCAGAGGCCCGUUCUUAACCUGAAACAGUUCUUAACCUGAGGCAUGCUUUCGCUAAUGGGGCCUCCCACUGCCACUGCGCCACUGGCGCAGGAUUUCCGUUCUUAUCCUGGGGCAAAGUUCUUAACCUGGAGCAACCACUUACUGGUUAGCGGAGUUUGCAACCGGAAGCAUCUGUAACCUGAGGUACCACUGUAUGUUAGAGGGAUGAGAAAGAACAUCAGGAGGCGAAAAAACUCGGAGAAGUUUCCAGCCAUUUAUCCAAAUCCAUGCGGUCUAGCAACUUGCUUUAAAACAAGUACACCAAAGAAUUGCGAGGUUCUCAGAUGCGUAGCUCUUUGUUGGGCAGAAAAUCCUUUGCUGGCAUGUCAUCCUUUGGGCUGGGUGUGACACGAACAACAUUCCGUUCAUUCAUUGCAUUACUUUGUCAACAAACUUUUGCCAGUAGUCGUGGAGUUCAAAUCUGCUUCCCGGCCUCUCCAGCUGUGUUUUCGCAGUAGCACUGUUUCAGGUCAAGUUUGUUCUCGUGUGAGCACUGUGUGCAGGGAAUAGCUGUCACUUUUAUUCCAUCUGCAUUGCUUCAUGUAUACCUGCUGGGCUCAGAUCCCUCCCUCUUUCACUGUAUUCCAGCUACACACUUGAGCUGCUUCGUUCGCUCCAUUCAGCCUUAUUGUUACUAUUGCAGAAGCCAUGUGCGUAUUAUUUCACAUUGAAACAGCAGCAUUUAUCUGCCGACUUUGCUUGCCGUUUGCUUUAGGAGUGACUUGAUGCUGACUUUGGAGAUUUCUGGAUUGGAUGAAACAGACAGGGAGCAGAGAGCGUGUAGCUGACAUUCAGAUGGCCUGGUUCUGGUGGAAGUUGUUUGGCACUUACAAGACCAAACAGAUCCCUAGAGUGCUCUUAGAAAACCCCUUAGCCCACUGGUGAAGCUGUGGGUUCCUCAUCCUGUAGGCAGGGCUGUCACCCCUUUAUUCUUAAAAUGUCAACAUCUGCAACCAAAGACUCCAAACUCUGCACCCAGAAUAGAUGAUGCAAGCCACCUACACAUAAUAUGAAUAUCCUUAUGUGUGUGUAUAUACACCGUUUCGCCCAGUUCAUUCUGCUUCCAAACUUUUCCCAGCACCCCUGUAUUUGCAAGGUCAUUCCCAAUCACUUUACUGCAGAGGCAAAAGCUGAUCUGCAUCCCAGGAUUUUGCCCCAGCAGAGCUGCCCCGUCCCCUGGGAUGGAAAGGGAAGACGGACAGCUCCACAUCAAACCACAGGAUCAAGGCAAGAAGUUUGAUUCCAGGUGGUGGUGGGGAAAUAUAAGGAACCAACUGUCUUCACUGAGACCCCCUCUGCUGGUCUUGAUGCACUUCCUUGGGAGACCCAGGUGUGCAGAGGACCCCCUGCUGCUUCCGCGAUGUGCCUUUGUCACUGUAACAGCAUUUCAGCCUAAAUAAAACAUGUUGUAUUUACCAGCCAGAGUUUGGCUUGCUUUUCCUGGGAUCUUAGUGCUGUG